UGCAUUGUUUUUGACAUUAGAGAAGAGAUUACCGGAAGAACAUUGAAAAGCAAACGAAAAGCUGAACUUGGAGCUGUAGCGGGGUAAGGAAACUUUUUUUAACAUAACACUUUCAGUUAGAAGCAUCCUCCAUACCUAUGCUGAUCCCUCGGGCUGUUCGGCGGGUUGCUUCUGCUUUCUGUUAUCACAAAUAGCUGUAAUGUGCUCUUUACUUACAAAUAGCUCCCCACAGUUUUCUGAAAUGAUACAUUAACCGACCUAGUUGAGGUGUUAUAAUUUGUGCUGAGAAAUACGAUCGAUUCACUUCCGGCUUGGUAUCAAGGUUCGUCCCCAGCGAACCACUUUCAUACAGCUGUUUUACUAUUAGGAAUUCACAGUACAGACUGUUGCCGUAUUUUGUUUCCUUGCUCUCCGUAGAAAAUCUAAACCUAGAAACACAUUUGAAGUUUUAAAAUAAUGGAAAUCUGUUGGAAUGAUCAUUUGGGGACAUUUCAUUCUUUAUCCGCACCCCAGCCCCCUAAGAAUGGGGGAUUUUUGAAUAGGGUAGCUCAGAUUCUGCUUCAAAGAAGCCGAAAUUGGACCCUUCAGGCAUUUUUAAAAGGUGCAGACAAAUAAUGAAUCCUUCAAAUUUCAUUUCUCAAAGGGCACCAACAAAAGGUUGAGCAUUCAGAUUCCAGCCAUCUUUACUAGGGGGGAGGAGGGGAAGGUGCCCAUAAUUCACCUUCUGAACGUCAGAUUUCACGUGUGGUUUCAUGUUACUUUUGAUGAUCUUUGUUGUAAACAUACCCCUAAAGUUCAGUCAUCCGUUCUCUGCCACAUACUGUACUUGUACGAACUUUGAGUCGCUAUUUCAAUGUAGCGUUACAGUCAAGGCAGGUCAAGCGUACCCCCCCAAGAUUCUAUGAAUGAAUUAAAUAUUUGAAAAAUGAAUCCAUUAAUCGUUCCUGUAACUAUUGUCAAAUUCAAAUUGGCAUUCCUGCAUGCGCAAUGAGCAGCGAAUAUUUUACGAGAACUUCCCUGUAUUUGGUCAGAUUGAAAAUCUUUGAAUGGAUUAAAUUUGUUAGAAGACAUUUACAUCAAAUUCAGGGAAACUGAGCUGGUAGAAAUUUCGUAACUGAAUUGCAUGUGAAUUCACAGCUAAUUACACACGCAAGAAUGCAGAGAUGAAACUGAAAUCUACAACUACCAACGGAUUCAACUUUCAAAUAAUAAACUAAUUAAUGGGAUUUUGGGGGGUACGCUUGACCUGGUUUGACUGUAAUUUAUAAAUUUCAUUUCCCUUUUGCUGUUUGAAACUCGGAUAGUUUAAGGUUCAAAAAUGUCUUAGUAGAAGAAUAAGAUCGAUUUUAAGGCCAAGAGUAUGGCAGAACUGCAGGAACAAGGACCUCUGCAGUGCUUGUAGUUGAAGCAGCUGAAAUUGUUUUAACAUUGGAGCUAAACUUUAAAAGAGGUAAAACCGGUGAUGAAGGUAAAUUUCACAAUACAUACAUAUUUCAAAAUUCAUGAUCGCACGCUUUUAAUUUCCAAUCCAUUUUCACUAUAAAGACAGUUUGGCCAUGGGUUGUUUGACAUUAUAUUUUCAACUGUAUAUAUAUUACGGCAAAGAGGGACUCAACACUUUUGAUGACACUUAUGUUGAUUAUUUAUGACUGCUAAGUUGAAUCAAGAGGCUGUUCACAUAUCUGUAGCAAAAAAGUGCAGAUUUCUGUGAAAAUGUACUGGCUUUGUAUUUAAUUGUGGAGAGACAAAUGGAGGCAGUGUACUUCAGGCAAGAUAAGCAUAAGCUUAUAUUAAAGUGUAUAAAAGGCAGUCGAGAUAAAAAUGUAAGCACAUGCAGUAUCAUGAAUUAUAAGUGUGUCUGCAUCAUAAGUUUCAUUUUUUCCAAGUUUAGAUCCACCACGCAAAACCAUUCUUUCAACUGCAGAGGAGAUUUCCAUGCGCUUGUUGAAACUAUAUGUUUUGGAAUUAAUCCCAGCGAAUAUUUUUUCUGUCUCAGAAGGUGAAUUUAUAAACAGACCCUUGAAAAUAGAGAAUCAUGUAACCAGAAUCAGGAGUGAAAUUUCCUGUUUUUGAGCAUUGGACCUGUUCUGUUGUUUUUGCAACAGGUCUUGUCAUUGAAACUUUGUUCCCUAUAUUUGAUAUACAGAAAGAAGUUCUUUUCUUGUCUUGGGUCAAAGACUGUUUUCCUGUAAUGUUUUAAAAAAACUAGUCAUAUCUGAACCUUCAGACAUAUAUGUACAAGGGGGGGGCUACCAUUCUCCCCUAAGGUUUUUCACAUUUUUUCCUUGACAAUAAAACAUCAACAUCCCUUGUGCCAUUUUGAGACAAGUUUAGUGAUGGUCAGUUACUAUGGUUAUGAGAUAUGAUGUCAUAUGUAGCAGGUGGUCAAGCCAUUUUUGAGUGAAGUGCAUGUUUUCAAACUUUUUUUCAACACUAAAAGUAGAAUUUGUGGAUAGAAUGAUGCAAAGUAAAUAUUUAUGUGUUAUUUUACAAGUUAAGCGCUAAAAAAAUAUUAUUCUCCCUUUUUUUUAACCUGAUUUCUAAUUCUUGAUAAAACCCAAUCUGGUGGCCAAGAUGGCAACCUUGUUUUGAGAUGUCACAGAAAUCCAGCAGUGCCACCCCCCACAAAAUAUACCUCAUUGUGUAGAGAAGAUCAAAGGCUUUACAGUGAAGGCAAAAUUCUUUUGAGACACUGCAACAUAUCAAAAACUACAUUGCAAAGGCGGGGGGGUCCAUCAACCCACCCCCCCCCCCUUGUACCACAGUGGGGGUCUUUGUGUAUGUCCGAGGGUUAUGCAGUGGCCCAAUGGACACCGUCAGGCUGACAAUGAUUGAGCAAAAUUAUAUGGUAUUUUGCAAAUGUUAGAGUCCUCACAUGUCCAAAGCAAUGGAGCUAAGAACCAAAAUUUGGUUUUUUGACUGAACUGGGAUUCGGCUAAAAACUUUAAACAGAAAACUUUAGAAUACCUGACUACUGUUUUGUAUCAUCUGUAUAAUAACAUAGUGCCCAUAAUGUUAUGCCUCAUAAUUCCGAAGUUGAGUUGAAGUAUCGUACCACCAAAAUCGUACAAGCCAUAUAAUUAUUACACUAUCCAAAACAAUAGCAGUGGACAGAAAAGGGUGAAAUAAAACUGAGAAUCACAGUAGCUAUACAAAGCAUGCAUAAUACUAUUGCAUAAAACUGACAUUUAAUUUAGCAGCCAAUAAGUUUACAAAAUUCUGGUACUCGGAUACAUACCUACAUGUACCUUAACCUAUGGUGGCUGAAAACUGUGUAUUGAAAAUCUGAAUUUUGGAGGUUAUUCCUUUGUCUCUUUUUUCCAGUUUAUUUAUAUUUUUUUGAUUUUAUAUUAUAAGAAAAGUGAAAGUAAAAACAAUAGAGCCCCCCCUAAACGAAAUGAAACCCAGAAAUUAAAAACUAAAUUAAAACAAAAUAGAUUUUAAUGCAGUUGAGUACUGCUACUACCAGCACGCAUUUCUGGACUAUUACACAGAAGCUCCACUAAUAAUGGAGACACAUGAUGCAGUUUCACUUUUAUCUGAUUAAAAUAUUCCAUAUUUCAACCCUGCGUUUACAUCAUUCCAUUUAUUUUUUAGUAUUGCAUGAAAGAAAAAUUGAAAAUGAAAUAUUUUAUUAAGAUUUUAAAAGCUUCGCGUGACUAAUCUCGCGUGACUUAUUCUACAAAACCAAUUGACGUCAUAUGGUGGCUGUCGCUCUUGGUGAAUUGAGCGAAAGGACAGCAAUACAAGACUUCCUUCUUUCAUUUACCUUUGCUAAAUUACUGUGUGUGUCUUUUGGCCAUGGAUAAAGGUUAGUCUUGUGUGAUUUUAAAUUCUUAAACACUUGGUAACUUUAAACAAGUCAUGAGAGCGAGCAUUUGAACUCACAAUUCACAAGUCGUAUUUUAAUACUUUAAAAAGUUUAUUGUUUAUCCUCUCGUCCGUCAGUAUGAAUUUCCGCGCGGAGCCAGUUGGAUAUUGUCAGGGGCACCCAACGAGAACAUAGUUCAAAACCACUUAAACAUAGCAUUGUUGAACGUAUUUUAGUAUUUAAACGGUAGAUAUAGGCAUAUUUUUAUCCCCUAGAAACUUUUCAUCUGUUCGGAUUUCCUAGCUAAAGUCUAGUGAUCCGAAAAUUAUAGGGAUCAAAACUGACCUUUUCGAAAAUUUCAGCCAGAAAAAAGGCUCCCGAAAAUUCUAGGUGACCUUUUUAGGGUAAAAAUCCGUUAAAAAUUGACAAUAAUACCAUUUUUAAUAUGUUCGAAAAUCCUAGGAGAGGCAGGCAAGCAAGAAAUUUAACAACAAAUGUCCCGAAAAUUCUAGAUCUCAAAUCAUCUUCCGAACAGAUAUUUUCCAAAAAUUGUCGUUGGGUGCCCCUGUAGUGUGUAUCUGCCGCACGUUUCCUUUUUUCGUUUUAACUGAGCUAUACUAAUAGUUUCAAGAUAUGAAAUUAAAUGAGGUCCUUGUGUACGUUUGUUCGUUUCGGGUGUCUGAUAUUCAAAUCGCCAUCGCGGUAUUUACAUACCCAGGACUAGAAUUCUGGCCUGGCAAUCAGAGAAUCGUACUGGUUUUCUUCGAAACUAACGCCUUGCUCUAACCUGCUGAAAGCAUUUCCUUAGAAUUACCAGCCGAAUAGGAAAACGUUAGCUGCAUUUGCAGUUGACUGAGUAUAGCUGAGUGUCGUUUUGCUUGCUUGAGCAUAGAAAUCGCCGUUAAUUAGUCCGCUCCCGUGUGACUCUGUCUGCAACGUAUUCUCAGGAAGGCGGCGGAAUCCUUUAUGGGUUCGACACCUAGGCUUAUACAUCUUUGUAAGUAGGUUUGGGUGAGGGCUUAUAAACGGAGGGACUUAUAUCCGAGGGGCCCGAUAACCGGAAUAGAAAAAACGCUUCGAAACAAAUAUGCACAGAGGAACCUCGAUUUAACGAACUGCUAUAUAACGAAGUCCUCGGCAUAACGAACUAUUUUCUUCAGCCAAAAUUACAAUAAAAUGUAUGCAACAGAACCUCGAUUUAACGACAUCCUCUUUAUAACGAACGCAAUCCACAAGCGCAAAGUUAAAAUGUACCUCGAUAUAACGAAUAAAUGUCAGCAUGUGAUAAAGGAUGAAUGCCAAACAGACCAACAAGGAUAAAAUUUAUGUGUACAGUAGUUUUAAGCAGUUUCGUUUGCCUGUUCUUGAGUUUCUAGUGCUGUAGCUAUGCAGCCGUUUUUCGUGUCGUCACGCAACGCGUGACGACUCUAAAAACGGCUGUGUAGCAGACUAUACACGCUUUUAAUAAGUCGGGGCGCCAUCUUGAAUUUUCAAUUUAUGACGUCAUUCGCGGAAAGACUUCAGCCGCCAUCUUUGAGGUUUGACUGGCGUGACAGUACCAUGUCAGGACGAGAGGCAAAGUCAGGCCAUUAUCAAUCGCUUUAUUCCAUUCUUUCCCUGUAUAAACAUUAACAAAUACCAGCAAAUCCUUUUCCCAGGGUAAAGUAAUCGCAGUUGUGCGGUUCGUCUUUGUAAGUCAUACGGGGAUAUAAUGUUCGAAAACAAACGCAACAUUAAGAAAUGUGACGUUAGAUUCCAAGUGAUCAGCAUGUAUUUAAGAGGCAGUCUCCCUAAAAGCGGUCCACUCGAUUUCGCGACAAAAAAUACUUUUCCUUUAUUUUUUGUCGGUGAAGAGGCUUUAGUAGGUGUAUACUAAAAUCGCUAUUUUUGUUUGCAAAUUCUUAUUCUUAGCUCUACUACAAGCCAAAAACGAAUUGAGUCCGUCCCGGCUUCUCAGAGAGUGUUUCGAAGACUAAAAUUGAUGGAUUUUGAAAAGCGCGUUGCAAACAAACGAAUGCCCGCACAAAAAAUCUGUUCGAUUCAGUUUUUCAAGUUAACCUUCGAUAGUUCACAGGCUAAAUAAAAAUAUCUUUGAUCAAAACAUGUUCAAGUUACAGUGGUUUAAAGAAUACCUAUUUUGCAGGCUUAAUCCAAACCCUGAAAGUAAGGAAGAUUUGAGGGAAAAUAUCUCAAAAGUUUGCGGCCUAAAUCUGGUUUAAAAAUCAUAUCAAAGUAAAGUUUUAAGCUUAUUUUUUUGGUUUAUAGGCUCAGACUUGCAGGUAUCUUCUGGGAUUGCAACCAACAGUAGAUUAUAAUCUGCCAUUUUGGGUAUUUGCAUAAUUACUGGCCGUGUCAGAUGUCAUGAUUGUACAGGGUAAAAGUUCCAUGAAAUUGCCUCUUUUCACACUUGAAUUCGUCUCCGGCCUCUAAAAGAAAGUAAUUAAGCUUCUUUAAGUACUUUUGAAUCGAAAGAGAUAUACUAACAGGGAUGGUCAUGCAUGUUACUGAUAACCACGAUCAACUGGCGGGCGCCGUCGUCUUGUAACUACCUGCACUGAACAGUAAACAAUGUUUUUAAUAGAAUUCUCGAGAUCAGAAGUUGAUCCAAGCGCUCUAAGUAAUGAAAAUAAAUAUCACUACCCCGGGAUAAAAAACAUGUACAAGAAAGGCAACGUAGAAUUUUAAGUUCUUUCCGCAAUUUCAGAGUGAAUUUCACCGCGGUGCAUAAAGGUUCAUAAAUUAUAGUAAUAAUCAGGCUGUUUAAAAACGUUUGACGCACAACAAAAACAAUUAGUCCUUUACCGUCUUAUCUGUUCUCGGUAAAUAAGACGCUUACCUUUACUUUAGAUUCUUGAUGGAAGAAUUCUAUCCAGGCAGCUGAAGUUAUGCAGUUUCGUUAAUUUUCAAAAUGAAAUCAUAGCGUGAUAGUGUCACGUAAUGUUAUGGUCACGUGGCUACGUAACCCGUCGGCGGCCAAAAUCUUUGUGACAAACGAAAUUUCUGUUUCUCUCCAGACAAAAAAAGCCCUAAUUGAAUGAGUUUUUCCUCCUUAAAUUGCACAAAAUGCGUAUCACACCAAGGAAUUUGUAUUGGUAAAGUUUUUUUUUUAUUUUUUAUUUUUUAUCGCGCGACCCGAUGAGGAGGGGCAGGCAACCUCUCCCUUCGAAUCACUUUUUGACUCCCCCCCCCAACUCUCGGUCUAUCGAAUGUUCAAAUCGAUCGCACAGCAAAAUACGCCUUGCAAGCUAUAUUAAUCCCUUCCUUUAAAACGUUUUCAAAAAUCACGUUAGCAUGCCAACAAGGUGUAAGGUUGGCUUUAGGUGCAUUUUUUGAACCCUCUUUUAUCCGUUCAUUUCAUCUUAUAUAUAUAUGGUACAUUUCUAACAUUGAGGAACAGUAUAAAGGAUUAGAGAGGUGACCUACCAACCCUUUUGCCCCAACCUGCCAGUUCGCUAAUUGUAAUUGUUGCACAUGAGAAUUCAUUUCUCGGACUUGGCAAAACAUAAUUUUUAGGGCAAAAUUUGAUUCCUGUUUUUCAAGUUUGUUGCUUAAAGAAGUGAAAUCGCACAAUUGAGAUUAGGAACCUGGUAGGGUGGCCUGUGCUACCUGGUCUCUAAUCCCUUAUGCUGUCAACUUAGAAGUCCCAUAUAAGAGGCCAAAAUAGGUAGUACGACAAAAACGUUUCCAAAGAACGGAUGUAAUUAUAAUAGUCUUUAAAAAUGCACCUACAGGGAGUCUUGUAGUUUCCAUGUAGAGUAUUUAAUGUGACGUCUUGUUGACAUACGGGUUACGCGAUUUUGACGUUCUAAAGGAGAGAGGUCUGGCCGGGGUUUUGGGUUUUCAGGUAUCUGGGCUCAAUUUUGUUCAGGUUUACGGAAUUUCAGUGCCACGAUAAGGAUAUAAAUUAUCUUUUUUUUUCUAAACUUUUGAUAUUAAGACAGAAUUUUUUAUGUAAAUAUACGUUGUCACACUGAUCAAAAUAUGCUGACCAAAAAGUUCGCAUGGGCUGGCAAAAGAGGGAAUCUGCCGGAUUAGACUUGCAUGACCGAACUGCAGUGAACCGAAAGUUAUACAGUUCAUCUGGGUGUGUUGUUUUACAGCAAACUGUCUCAUAAUCCCGAUUUCUUCCAAAUUGCACCAAUAUUGCUUGAUGAAGCGUGUAUGAAGUACCGUUCUUCCAGUUCAAGUGGCUUUCUGUGUGUCAAAAUAUCGAAGAAUAUAUUCCAGUACUUGUUGUAGGAUCUGAUGGGCCACCUAAGCCCAAGAAAAAUUAAGAAGUGCCACUGUCAAUUUCCAUCUACGUCCCAAACUUUUUCUUGAUGAAGCUUAAUGCUAAAAAGGGUAAAGAGCCACGGUUGUGUUUCAUAAAGCGACCCUCAGCUACCCCCUUUACGAAUUGAUCAACAAGUACUCAAAACAGUUCGUUCGCACAAGGUUCGAGGCAGCGGGGGAGGGGAGGUAUCUCCCAGGAAAUUGGUGCAGUGGACCUGUGGCUAUCUGCAUCGCUGUCUUACGUUCCGUCCUAGAGUACAAUGUUUCGUGGCUUGAUAUAACGCCCUUCCUGCCCAUCUGCCUUUAAUAAUAUGCGAGCUUUAAGGAUAAUAUACCUCCGGAAGCUUUACAAUUUGCUAGAGUCGUUAGAGUUGAGGACAGGCGCAGUGGGCUCUGUAUGAGCACUGUAUUGUCACCUGUGAUUAAAGAUCAUUUAUCUAUAUAUUUUAUUUGUUUAUUUAAUAUUUAAUAUUCACAGUAUUCUUCAGUCGAUUUAACCACAUCUUUUACUUAAAUUGUUCUCUCAGAACACGUAGCCUUUCUUGCGUCCACUACUUCCAAGGGCCUGCUACGCAGGCUAAGAACACUAUAGAAAUCAGGGCGUCUCUGGGGAAGCAUGCCGCCUUAUCCCGCCCGUAGCGACUCGCUCCUUGUCCUUGGACGCUAAUACUAGAUUCUGGGAUAAAUAAAAAAGGUUGGACGGCCUGUCUCAGUCGGGAAAUACCUUAUUUAGGUAUAUAGUAUUCUUUUUCAAGGUAAUUUCAGGCAUUCGGUAUCAAAAGUUUUACAAAUCUUUAGCUCUAUUGGUAUCUUAUGUGGACAAAAGCGGGUAUAUUGGUAUCCCACGUCCCCCACCCUCACCCUCUCUAUGCGCGCCGGGCCUGAAAAUAUGGAAGGGCGGAGUCCAUGCCGUGAAAAUAAUGAUUCAUUACCAAUACAAAUUCCUUUGUGAGAUACGUUUUUUGUGCAAUUUAAGGAGGAAAAACUCAUUCAAAUAGGGCUUUUUAUCACAAAGAUUUUGGCCGCCGACGGGUUACGUAGCCACGUGACCAUAACAUUACGUGACACUAUCACGCUAUGAUUUCAUUUUGAAAAUUAACGAAACUGCAUAACUUCAGCUGCCUGGAUAGAAUUCUUCCAUCAAGAAUCUAAAGUAAAGGUAAGCGUCUUAUUUACCGAGAACAGAUAAGACGGUAGAGGACUAAUUGUUUUUGUUGUGCGUCAAACGUUUUUAAACAGCCUGAUUAUUACUAUAAUUUAUGAACUUUUAUGCACCGCAGUGAAAUUCACUCUGAAAUUGCGGAAAGAACUUAAAAUUCUACGUUGCCUUUCUUGUACAUGUUUUGUAUCCCGGGGUAGUGAUAUUUAUUUUCAUUACUUAGAGCGCUUGGAUUAACUUCUGAUCUCGAGAAUUCUAUUAAAAACAUUGUUUACUGUUCAGUGCAGGUAGUUACAAGACGACGGCGCCCGCCAGUUGAUCGUGGUUAUCAGUAACAUGCAUGACCAUCCCUGUUAGUAUAUCUCUUUCGAUUCAAAAGUACUUAAAGCAGCUUAAUUACUUUCUUUUUGAGGCCGGAGACGAAUUCAAGUGUGAAAAGAGGCAAUUUCAUGGAACUUUUACCCUGUACAAUCAUGACAUCUGACACGGCCAGUAAUUAUGCAAAUACGCAAAAUGGCAGAUUAUAAUCUACUGUUGGUUGCAAUCCCAGAAGAUACCCGCAAGUCUGAGCCUAUAAACCAAAAAAAUAAGCUUAAAACUUUACUUUGAUAUGAUUUUUAAACCAGAUUUAGGCCGCAACUUUUGAGAUAUUUUCCCUCAAAUCUUCCUUACUUUCAGGAUUUGGAUUAAGCCUGCAAAAUAGGUAUUCUUUGAACCACUGUAACUUGAACAUGUUUUGAUCAAAGAUAUUUUUAUUUAGCCUGUGAACUAUCGAAGGUUAACUUGAAAAACUGAAUCGAACAGAUUUUUUGUGCGGGCAUUCGGUUGUUUGCAACGCGCUUUUCAAAAUCCAUCAAUUUUAGUCUUCGAAACACUCUCUGAGAAGCCGGGACGGACUCAAUUCGUUUUUGGCUUGUAGUAGAGCUAAGAAUAAGAAUUUGCAAACAAAAAUAGCGAUUUUAGUAUACACCUACUAAAGCCUCUUCACCGACAAAAAAUAAAGGAAAAGUAUUUUUUGUCGCGAAAUCGAGUAGACCGCUUUUAGGGAGACUGCCUCUUAAAGCUAGCACGGCUGCAGCGAAUAAAAAGGGACGACUACUCGACUGUAAAGGUGUGUAACUUAGUCUUUUUGUGUGUGGGUUCUAAUUCGUACCGCUAUAUUCAUCACUCAAAUAUUGCUUUUUUUGCUAGGGGCAGAAACAAACAAUCGUCUUUUCUUUUCAUUUUGGGGAUGAUGACUUCGGAAGUUUCUGUGGUCGGUAGCUUUUGAAAAGGUGAAGCCUCCCCUCGAUGGGUGUUUAAAUGCCCUGUACACAAGCCAUCCCUUAUCCCUAAGAUCCAAAAUACGAUAAAGUUGAACAGGAAUCUGAUUCGAGGGAAACCAAAUAUGGUAAACACCACAGGAGUGUGGAGUGUUUUUUUUUUUUGCAAAUGAUGCAGAGCGAUACAGCUUACACGAAUCCAACGCUGAAAUUUCUGAACUAGAAUCUGAAAUUUUAGCCCUGAAGGUAGAAGGUAAAAAAACUGCUAAAUAUCAAGUGAAACGUAACCAGUCUAUGUUUAAGAAUAUUGAAAACAGCACCACUUUAAUCCGGCCCAACCCAAAUGACCCUGAAAAAGGUGGACCCUUUUGAGCUCAAGUUUAUUAUUAACUAUGCGACAAUAAUUCCUUGGAUCAGAACAUGCCUUCUCAGGUGUCAAGUUUCAUAAUGUAAAAGGGCAUUUCAUUUCUAAUAAACAAUGACUUGAUAUUUAUUAUCUAUCACCCUUUUGUUUGGUGAGCAGCCAACCAUGACAUUGUGCUUGAUAUGACAACACCACACUCUAAGCCCUGAAUAUGAAUGUAUAUGUACAUAUUAUAGAUAUACAUGCUAAACCAAUAUUUUUCAUGUACUCAGCAUAUUCAGUUGCUGCUUAAGAUCAAUUCGCCAUUCAAUAUUAUUAGAAACAUCAUUCUGUGACACUAGAGUAUUUUGAACAAGCCUUGUUUGCAGUGAGAGAUGUUGAGUUUCCAUUCUCAAACAAGUGCCAAUUACAGCUAGUUGACUUGAACAUAUUACUUUGAAACGAAAACGUAUCUUUGCUCUGACCUUUUGAUUCUCAAUUAAGGAUGGAUUAGGAAUUUUUAAACAACUUAUAAAUUGUUCCUCCUGAAAAAAGGGCAUUUGCAAUCCCACUCAAGCUGGUGUGUCAGUGUCAAUUGGGAAUUCAGGAAAGAAGCCAUCAACUCUAGGUCUUGGCAAAUUGGAAUAGUUGUCAUAACACUGAAGUUUGCCUCCAUUAGAGAGAGAUAUUUACCUCACUACCCGUGGAACCUUGUGUCCAGUUAAUUUACUUGAAACUAUUGCAGGACAGUUAAAUGUCUUAAGUGAAUGAAAGAACUAAUUUGCCCUCUCUUUAUUUUGGACAGUAUGUUGCCUGGCUGUAUACAAGGGACACCUUAAAACCCUCAUUUCUCCCUGUAAUAAGGAUUGAUGACAUCGUAUGCCUUGUAUGCAUUAUAUGAACUAGGGUUCGUACCCUAGGUCCUUGGUUUGUGCUACUUUUUUGAGUUGUGCACAUUCCAGUUCUUGGGAAUUCGGUGUAUUCAAAGACUUAUACAAUAAGAACAUGCCAUUACAGUAACCAUUUCCUCCUCAAGACCAUUUAUCACAACUGUUAACAUUGUGAGGCCAUUCAUUCUUCCUCAGUGAUUUAAAGCACUCCCCCCUACAUGAAUUUAUUGUCCAUAUGAGCCUAUAAUAAUCGUCGUGACAAUAAUUUUCAAAUAAAAAUUUGUAUCCCUUUUCGAGGGUGGUUUUUGAUUUUUUCGUUGCUUGUUCAAGCAUGUAAAUGUUAGUAAUUGUGCUUUGGAAGAAUUGAUGCCUCCCUGCUCCAGCUCUCAUUAGUGGCUACAUCUCUAACCAGGAUUCGAGCUGAUAGCUUUCUGGAUUACUGAGCUACGCCUUCCCACAGUGAAGAACUAUUCGGCGCAAGGGUCGACUAGAGUAUAAACGUUUUUAUCCAACUUCUUUCUUUCCCUAAAACCCAUACAUAAUAACAUAAAAAACUGAUGAUGAAAAGCAUAAAUUUUUUAUCGCCAUAGAAUUAUCGUACAUUUUGAAAGGAUCAGAACAGCAACAUGAAAAAUCCUUUCAAUUAGCUUUUAUAAAUACCUGAUACAUAAUCUCCUACGAGCGGUAAUAAUUAACCGUUUUCAACUUUUUUAAUAAAGGCCCGCAGAAAAGAAAAAGUAUCAAAACCAUUGCUAAAAAAGAUUACCUGGGAAGAAGCUAAGCUCGUGUCUGUUGACGUAAGCCACGACGAUUAAGCCAAAACUUUAAUUCGCAUUUUUUUUGGCAUUUACAUCAGCUCUCGUUUGUCCUCGAUAUCAUCGAUCCAGGAAUAUCUUUGCACGAAAGUUUUAAAGUUACGAUAACAUACCCAUUUUAAAGACAUUGUACAAAGAAAAUAUUCCUCUUGAUAUAAAGUAAAAACAUUCCUUUUUAUAUGAACCCACUGCAAAAUCAACGUGAUCAGAGCUUUCAUCUUUGGUAGCCAUUUUGCCCACGUGUAUGAUCUUUCCGCGAAUGACGUCAUUCUUUAAAAAAUUCAAGAUGGCCCCCAGACUUAAUAAAAGCGGGUAUAGCUAUGUACAGCUCGCUACUGAAAUGUUAUUACAGUAAUUUUGAGAUCUAUCCGGAAAUGCUGGGUUUUGUAAAUUAAUUAAUAACUAUACCACGAUAUAACGAACAUUUUGGUGGUUUUCCCGAAAAUUCGUUAAAUGUCCCCAGUCCCUUGGCACUUCGUGAAAUCGAGGUUCCACUGUAUUGCGUUUAAAAGGUCAUAAUAAGGAAAGUUAGAAGUGGGGCCUUAUAUCCGGAGGGGUACUUACAAUCGGAUGUAUGUUUCGAUUAUAAGAAGCGGGGCCUAUACCUGGGGGGGGGGGGGGGGCUUAUAAGCGGCAGUUUAUGUUAUGAUCUUUUCGUAGAAAAGUUGGCAAGAGGUUCGGUUCGUCUUUUACGACCGUUAUUCAAUUGGUUUUACCUAUAAAAUUAAGAAAUGUUUUAAACUAACGUCAUGAAAUAAUUUAUUUUUCCAGAAAAAGUUUUUUUUGACCACAACUGCAAAGACCACUCAUAGCUAACCUUCACGUUCUUUUAAAUGCUUCCACGCCAAAAAGACACCAAGAAUCCAUACUCUUUUAGGAGUGAGAGGGUUUCAAUCACUAGCAUCCAAUUGUGAAUCACUUGGAUAUGUGAUAAAGAAAUUGGUAAAAAAACAGCAAUUCUGGUACAUUUUGUCUUUCGUAUGACUUUAAGUUACGUAAUCUGUUUCAGUGCAAUGUAAAGUUAUCAGCUAGAAAAGAUAGUCUGGUAGUUUUUAUCUCAUUUAUUUCAGUUCUUUCACAAAGCAAACACUCCAAAACAGAAAAGCACGACAAAGCCCUCGUAUGUUGAUGUUAACGAAAACUAGCUGGCAGCUAUGAAUUAGUUUUACUUCUGGUUUUUAUGCUAGAUUCUUAAGGAAAACAAACACACACACACAUACACACGCUUAUCUGAGUUUCAGGCCUUAAUAAGAGGUAAGGGGAAUUUUAGGUUGCUGAACACAGUUUUGCGGGCGGUCAGCGGUAGCGUGUGUUUUAAAUUAGACAAACAAACAUGGCGGCGAAAAAAGCAAUGGUACACAGAACACGAUUUCUCGAAAUCUACUCAUUAAAAUUUUGUGAUAUUUGGCAGAAUUUUUACUUUUAUCAUAUUUUUAAUUAUGAGAACUUUAAAAUGGAGUUGAACAGACGAAUUUUGUGUCACAUUUAAUGAUUACAGUACAAUUAUUGAUUAUCUAAAAACCCAUCUGUUAAAAUUUGGUCAAAUAAGUUUCAAAUGGUAAUGAUUAAUUGUAGUAAGCUGUGUGCAAGUUUAUAGGAAAAUCUAAUGAGCGAAGUUUAUGUAAAUUGAGUAAAGGUGAAAUUUUAAGGUUGUAUUCGAUCGUUCAUGUUGCCAUGGAAAAUAGGAAAACGUCAAAUUCUACCUGUCAGUCAAAAUCCUUCAUCAGUAUAUUUUUCACUUGCCAAGUUUCAGCUUGUGAGCUGCAACCUUUCUCUUGCCAUGAUUUGGCAAAUGACCUAUGCUCCCAAACUGCCAAAACUGUGUUCAGCCACCUUAAGACGAAAAAGUGGGGCGAGAAAAGAGGGAGAAAGGCCUGACACACAAAGGCAUUCUUCUUCCCUUCACUACCUCCCCUUCCCUCUAGAAAAGCCUAGGCUAGUAAAAAGCAUCAGCGGUUAGAAAAUUCAUUUUCUGGUCAUUUGAUCUGCUACUUUUAAUGUUCUAGAAAGUUGUUUAGACCGAUAGAAGUCAAUCGGUACCACCCAGUGCAGGGGCGUAGCCAGCAUUCUUGCAUAGACGGGUUCCCAAUGUGGUAUUUUUGUCUAGAUUGACAAUCGAUCUUCGGAGGGUUUCCCGGAAAAUGUUAAUACUUUAUGUCCUCAGAAAUUCCGUUUUGUGAUUCUGAGCACAAAUUUCCAAUAGCAAUGCCAAAUGAAGUUAGCUUCUUUAUAGUGUGAUAGACUUUAUAAUUUUUAUGUUGUAGAUCGUAAUUUUUUUUAUCUCAGGUAAUUUUUGUUUUUCUUUUGUUUUUGGGUAUAGAAAUGUAUACUAAUGCAGUUGAAACAAAAGAAAAAUAAAAAUUACCUGCGACAAAAAAUUAACUACAACAUAUAUGUUGAUAAUCGUUGAAUACAUCAAACCACACACUGUAGUCCUGUGAUUUGCCGUUUAUUCAGUUAGCGUAUUAAAUAGCAAGAAGGAGACAUCAUGGAUGCUUCCUUGCAAAGGUGUCGAUUGUUGGACUUAGGGCCAAUUUGCGUAAUGCAAUGCUCAUCAGAGCAAGUGCAGCGAACUCUCGCUUCAGUCACGGUCGCCGCCAAGUACUGCUAAGCCAUCGCUCACGUUCUUCUUAUGUAAUUUGUGAUAACGUACUUGAAAUACGCAGCAACUUGAAGUUUGGAAAGAGUUCAUGGCCAAGCCGUCAACUGCAUCACUAGAAAGGUCUUUUUUCACGUUGAGCCACUUGCACUGCCAAAGGAAAAACCGCCACAUGAAAAUUAGAGCCGAUGGUAUCCUAAUAGACAUCGAUGUCUCGCUUUCGGAGCCUGAUACUGAGUAGCUUCUGUGUGAGGAAAAGGCACUGCAUAAAAAAGACUACUGCAAAGACUGAUCAAACCUCGUAUGUAACAUGUAACCCUUGAGAUAGAAUGUGAUGCUUUUUAUUUUUUCUUCUUCUCAUUUUCUUCAACAUGUAAAAUCUCAUUCCUCUUGAAUUAUAGCCAGUGCCGCAGCCCAAGCGGGGGAGGGGAGGGGGGGGGGUAUCCGGAACCCCUGGAACUCUCCCCUGGCCACGCCACUGCAGUGAAACGUUUUUCCGUUUUCCCAGUAGUAGCUGUAAUUGAUUCUCUCUUUUUCUAUUGUAGUAGUUGUAAUGGAGUCUUUACUAUUAAUUCUUUUUAGAUGUUAGACGACUUUGAAGUUUGAGUAUGGCAUCUGUUUUACAGAAGGCUCAAACGCAUGAUGACCGAGUGCAUGGAUCUCGAAAAGUGAAAGUCACUAUUUUGGCAUCUGAAUGGAGAUCAAGUAAUGGGGGACUUUCCACCAUAAACAGAGAAUUAGCCAUUCAGUUAGCAAGGUUCCCUGAGGUGGAAAUCACUUUCUUUUUACCAAAAUGCAGUCAAGAGGACAAAAACGUAGCCCUUGAUCACAAAGUAAAGAUCGUAGAGGCAGCUCCACUGUCUUGUUUUGAAGAGCUUGAUUGGCUUUGCUAUCCACCAGACGAUUUGGAAAUCGACAUUGUUGUUGGUCAUGGAAUUAGGCUCGGUAAACAAGCGCAGGUCAUUAAGAAAUCUAAAACGUGCAAAUGGGUUCAAGUGGUGCACAAAGACCCUGAGGAACUUAAGAUGUUUGAAAGCUAUUUUAGCCCAAAUUCAAAGGGUGAAGAAAAGCACAAGAACGAAGUAGAACUGUGUGAAAUGGCUGAUCAUGUUGUAGGAGUUGGACCCAAGUUGAGCGAGUCCUUUCGCUCAUAUCUUUCUGGUUGUGAUAAAGAUGGUAAUGUCUUUGACCUCACUCCUGGAGUGUUUGAAGAGUUAAAGACUGUAAAGCAAGUCAGUCAUAGCGAUAGGCAACAACGCAGAGUCUUGGUGUUUGGUCAUGGAGACGUAGAAGAUUUUAAAUUAAAGGGAUUUGACAUCGCUGGUAAAGCAAUUGCUGCGUUAGAAGAUACUCGUCUUGUGUUUGUUGGGGCACCGGAUGGAAAACACGAAGAAAUAAGGAAGCGGUUAAUCGAGUGUGGUGUUCCUGCAAGUCGAUUGAAAAUAAAAGGAUUUGUUCAAGACCGAGAGGGUUUAAAGCGAUUAUUCAAACAAGUGGAUCUUGCAGUCAUGCCUUCAAGAACAGAGGGCUUUGGUUUAACAGGACUCGAGGCAAUGUCAGCUGGUCUUCCAGUGCUCGUCAGCGGCAACUCUGGUUUUGGAGAAGCACUGUGCAGUGUAGCCUUUGGUUCAUCAUUUGUGAUUAAGUCAGAGGACCCCGCAGUUUGGACCGCAGCCAUCCAGAAGAUCUGGUCCAAGGACAGGAAAUGUCGACUUGAGGAAGCGGUGUCCUUGCGCGGUAAUUAUGGCAGGAAAUACAACUGGGCCAAACAGAUAAAAGAGUUAGUUGACAGGAUGGUCAGCCUGACGCAUGGUAGGAAUGUCAAUUACAUUUUCUUCAGUGGCAAAAAAUGUAAGGAAACAAUACAGAGAAAAAUGAAAAGAAGGAAAAAUAGGAUCGCUUACAAGUUUUGCCCUGAAGUGUUGAUAAAAAUGUUCACCGAUACCUAUCUGAACCUUAUGCUGAUAACAGCAAAACUGUAAUAUUUGUAAUUUCUUCAGGUAUAUUGUUUCACGUUAGCGGAAUAGUCUGUGAAAAGUGGUCGGUCAUACCCCUCGGUCAUAGUCUUAAUUUGCAUUACAUGUACUUCACAUAUUGGAUUGUAGUUAUACACACAUACUCCCUGCAAUAGCAUGUUUUCUCCAUUUAUUUGCAGCAAAUUUCCGCGCAACAAAUGUUCGCCCCAGGGAGGAAUGGGCACACCUGGAAUGGACUAAGCCUUAAGUUUCAAAGAGAUUAUUAUCGUAACCCAAGCUUAUUUUUGCAGAGCCUUCUAUGGAAAUUGAAAACAACCAAAACAGAAACUGUUACGACGACGAGCAGCUUGUUUCAGAAACGUCCCUUAGUAGUGACUGUGAAAUGAAAGCUGAUACUGCAGCAGGAAAUCCGACUGAAAUAUCCACACAUACAGACUGUCAGUCUCAAAAUAGCCGUAAGCGUAAAAUGUCAGAAUUACCUUGUAAUCCAGGUAUGCAAAAACAUGAGUUGUUUUUCUUGAUAUUGCUCAUUAGUACACUUCUGUAUCUAAAGGGGGGAAGUGAUUGUUAGAUUAUUCAAAGGAACUUCUUCCUACAGGACUUGUUACCGUUUAUCCUUGUACUGUAGAAGUGUAUUAUUGAUAAAAGUAAAACUUAUAUAGCGCCGAUAUCAAUAGUCGCUUUAUAGUCGCCAUUUUCAUCAGCGGUUAUAAAAAGGAUUUUGAAUAAAUAAUAAAUAAAUAUAUAAAAAAUUAAAAUAUAUCGAACACUAAAAUUAUUAAAAAUAACGUUACUUACUUAAACUGUGCAAACUGCAUAAAACCUACUAAAAACGAGUAAAACAAAAGAUAUCAAAUUACAUAAGAGCGUUCUAGAAUGAAAGGGCCUUGAGUGCCUUCUUAAAAAUGACAACUGAGGGGCGUCUCCAUAUCGCAGAAGGAAACAAAUUCAAAAGGUUGGGAGCACCAACAGCAAAAGAGCGAUCUUUUAACGUGCUGAAUUCUCCGCAAUGCCAUUAAAAAAUAUCUCAGUGACAAAUAUUUUCAAAAAUAUGUGCGAACAGGUUUUCCAACUUUGCAAAUUAUAUCUUUCAUCGAAUUGCUAUAAACGUUAACAUUCAAUUGACAUUCAAGUAUGCAGCUAAUAUUGUGAAUCCGGGAUAACGCCCUAACUAAGUUGCGUUGUGGUGGCUUGGAUAAGGUUUUUAAAGCUCUUUAGCUAUGGUUGAGGCUUCUGAGUAGACAUUCAGUAAUGAUGAGUACCUUGACGAGAGCCGUCUCUUAAAUGCAGGUACUUCAAGUGAGGAUAGCGGAAUCCUUUUGAAGAAGCAUAUGCCCUCCAAGAUAGCUAGUCAUGAAGGUGAAUCUUCCCUGAGGAAGGAACCUAUGAAAAGCUGGAGUAUGCAAAGCAUUCCAGGAUCCACUUCUAGUAAAGGUAAAUGGAACAAGCUAAUUACUAUUUUGUUAUAUUGUUGCAGUAGUAAUGAAGGUUCAGGAAUAGUUUUUAAGGUGGCGCACCUGGUUUAGGGGCAAAGCAUUCCACGUUUUAGCAUUAACCACGUAGCCAUUGACCAAGAUAUCCAAAAUACUGUCACAAGUGUCAUAUCAAUGUAAUGAUUUCAUGACGAAAUUAUGCAUUAGUUUUGUUGAGGUGACGGGUAAGGGUGGCUCAGUCAUCAAAGAAAACCCGCAACAAGCGUUUCCUGUUGUUGUUGUAGUUUGGAUAUCAAUAGCAGUUUUACCCGUUAAAAUUAAUAACGCAAAGAAUGACUAUUCUUACGUGAAAACGAACCAAAAAUCUGGAAAUGAAAAUUCAGUAAGUUGACUGAGCCACCCUCGGGCGAGGGAAAUUUGACCUCGGACCAGCGCCCUCUGUCCACUCCCGAAAUCAAAGCGUCCGGCGAAGGAAGGUAUUUUGGACAUGGCGCGAGAAAAUGCUCAUCUCCAGCAACAUGCGUGGGGAUAUUUCCCUUUUAAACGUUUUCUGAAUUGUAGCGAUGAUAGAACUUUGCCUCUGAUCGAACAAAUGUGCUACUCGAUGGGUUUUCCGCAAACCGCCUUCGAGUGGACAAUUUCCGGACUGCCGGCUGUUUUUCUGUGCAGCCUUUACUUCGUCUUACGAAGGGAGUGACAUGGGUCACACAAUAACAACAACGACUUAAUCGAUGAAUGCACACCAAAAAAAACACAGGAAUACAUCAAAGGUAAUUGUUUUUCGUACAAAGUCUCAACGGUCGCCUGUAACGCUACACCGACAUCUCUUGUGAGAAAGUGUUUUUACAUUCCAGAUUCGCUAGCCUGCGGUACAGACGUCCCCCCUUCCUCCAAAAAAAUCGGGAGAAGAGACAAAUGUAGCCUGUGUACAGACGUCCCUCCUCCCUCAGAAAAAAUGGGGGGAAGAGUCUCUUCCUCCGAUUUUUUCUAAUGGAAGAGGGACGUCUGUACACAGGCUACACAUUCGCCUGUGAAGACACAAAUAAACACCAGGUUACAUGUGCCGUCUGUGUUAUAUUGAGAAAUUUACCCGUGCGUUUCAAUCUGUUGUCUAUUUGCAGUUUUAUUUCUCACCUGCACGAAUAAAGUACGUUUGCAGAAUUUCCCCCGUGUAUUACAUAUGGGUAAUGGUUUUUCGACGUCUGAUAAGCUUAUACAUGAAAUAGACCCAAAUCGUCCCCCAACAAGGACAAAACACAAAAAGAUUAUUAAAUAACCAGAAUUACGCCAUAUUUCUUGAAAAACUAUGAUAGUUGAACCUUGAUUAUCCGGACUUGUUUCCCUGGUCCCGUUUUUUUCAUGAAUAUUAAUACGAUGUGAUCUUGAAAAAUUGAAACGAUUAAAAAAGUUCAUUAAUCCUUCCAAACUUGUGUUUAGAACACUGUUUUUAAUCUGUUUCGCUUUGAAAACGUGCGAGCGGCACGACGCGGGUGCUUCCCAUUAUGCCAAAAUUUCCGGAAAUUUCAGGUCCAAAUGCAAAUGGAACGGUUUAGCCCAGGUGGAAAUUUUCCGCUCAAAGUGGUCCGCCUCCAGAGGUGGUCCUCUUGGACUGGUCGGUCCGGUCGGUCCGAGCGAAAAUUGCCUUUCCAUUUUCAGAAAUUUUCGUUUCCAGUUUUGCUCCAGCUCGUCACUACACACAGUUGUCAGAAUGGUGGAUGGUUCUGAUGUAGGUGUUUACGAGUGCAGUGUGUGCAAGCUUCAGACGCAAGACCUUAACUUUCUCCUUAUGCACAGUUGCACACAAGGCUUAGGCACAGUAGUGCAUCUUGAUUUGUUUUUUCUUCUGGGUUUAUCAGUUUUUAAAGACAAAUCAAUUCAAAGUGGACAGACUGCAAAUUAUAGUAGUUGCCAAAAAAUAUAUAUCUACGUGUCGCAACUGUUCAUUAGCAGGAUGCCUAAAAUGCGUGCAAUUCCACAAUUGGUUUCGGCUCCAUUAAAUCCUAAACCAACCGCAGAACAUUUUAGGAGGAGCCACCCACCAUGUGAGCACAGUCACGGACAACACAUAAUAUUUAUAAGUGAGGAAAAUAACGCAAAGUAAAAUUAAGACGUUAAUCAACGUACUAAAUGUACACGUCAAUUAAAUAAAUAAACAAAUAAUACGCGCGCUCAAAAUAAAAUUGUACGCGCGCACGUACCAAGAUACAACUGAAAUACAACCCUCAGACCUUGUUUUACAUGGAGUGGGGGACCCCGGUCUAGUGGGGUAGGUUUCUCUUGUUUUGUGUCCCCCAGAGCGUGAAAACGAAAGAAACCAAUCCCACUAGACCGGGGUCCCCCACUCCAUGUAAACAGGCCCUAAGCAAUAAAUAAGUAUUAUACAAUAACUAAGAUAGUACGCGCGCUCUGAUUGGCUGAGAGGCGUGUUUGCAUGAGAGUAUGUAAACAUGGUUGUGGCGUCAAUCAGUUUUGCUUUUCGCGCGCUAAUCACGCAAGCACGAAUUUGAAAAAGUUUUCAAGUUCAAAACUCGACAAGUUUACUUUAUUUACCCAUUCCUUCGUCGGCUGAAACUUGGAAAAUCGUUACAAAGAAAGUGUGUGAAUUUUUUUUUCGCUAAAGCUGACAUUUUAAGCGAGAAAAAUGCGUAUUUUGCGAAGCAUCUUUUUGCAAAACAAGAAAUGAUUGCGCGUGCAAGACUUCGGGGACAAGAGUUUGCGAGUGGUAAGAAUUUCUCUUUUAAUCAUUGCCAUACAAAGAAUUUUGCGUUUUUCUUCGGGAAAUUUAUUUUAUAAAAGCAAUAGAAAACUUUUUUCCUCUGUUUGCAUAGCCUGAUAUAAACACUCGAGGCGUUGGGAGAAUUCUCGACAGUUAUGCAAACCCUCGACUUGGUCUUGGGUUUGCAUAACUAUCUCAAAUUUUCCCACACUGGACGAAAAAACGGAUUUACCUCUAUAGCAAAUUUGGAGCAAAUCAUCUGCAAAUGCCACAUUUGCUUAAUUUUGCUCAAUUUUGCCACAUGACAUAGGACCAACUUUGCCAUAAUUUUGCAUCAGUGGCAAAGGUGGUAAAUGCCGAAUUUGCCUCAAAUUUGCUCCGUGUGUAAAAACAAGGAUAACCUUUACUUUAUCAAGGCAUUUACAGGGGUGUCAAACUUGAUAGCAAAACUGACAUUUGUCAGGUUUUUGCCCAAAUGGGCAAAAGCGAUCGAAGAUGAAUUUUUGAAUGCUUUUGCUCUCUAUAGCAAAUUCGGUCAAAGUAGUAAUUUGCCACAUUUUUGCUCAAUGUAGCAAAAGUGACCAAAACUCAUUUUUCAACAGUUUUGCCCAGGAUAGUAAAUCUGAGCAAAAAUUCACUUUAUUUGUGUAUCGCCCAGUGUAGUAAAUGAGGUCAAAUUAUCACUUCUUCCGUAUCUUUGCUCAGUGUGGUAAAUAUGAUCAAAAUAGGCGUUUGCCACUGUUUUGCUCAGGGUAGCAAAUUUGGCCAAAUACCACUUUUUUCUCAAGUUUGCUCAGGAUGGCAGAUAUGAUCAAAACAGUAGUUUCCCAUACUUUUCCCCAUUGUAGCAAAGUUCAUCAAAUAUCAGUUCUUCUGUAUCUUUGCUCAGGAUGGCAAAUAUUGCCAUGAUAGCAGUUUUCCAUACUUAAAGUAAGGUAAACAAAGUUGAUUAAAAUAUCACUUUUUUACACUUUCACUCAAGAUAGCAAAUUUGAUCAAAACAUCAUUAUCCAGAUGUUUCUUAUUUUUAUUUGGUACCAUAAAUGACUCACAAACAAUUAAGACACCAAACAAAAUUUCAAGAAUAAAAUGGCUUUAUUAUCUUUAAUAUAUACUGUACAAUAAAAAGCAAGAUAAAUUAAAAGAAAGUUCCAUUGGCCUCUGCAGGGCACUGCAUGUACCACAAAAUAUAUGCCUUUAAAUAAAAAGCACAUACAAUGUGAAACUAUCUAAAUUCAUAAGUGUAUAAGAAUGUACAUUGGGUUUGAAAGUGCAAGUCAACACUAGCUGGUUCAUAAUUAUCUAAGGUUGGUACAGGUAAAACGUAACUCCAUUUGAGUGGUAUACUUCAAAUAUACUCUUUCUAGAUUCAAUUGAUACUAUUGGCAAAUGGUUGUACGAUGACAACAAGUACACAUCACUCCCAAUGUAGAUGUGACAUCCUUAUUAACGGACAGAACAUCAACCACAGGAAAUAAAAUUAGCCUCAAAUUAUUAUGAUAAGCGAUAUUCCUCUAAUUAUUAUUUAUAAGAACUUGUUUUCAUCUGAUAAAUAUUAUCCACUACCCAAAAUAGGCAGUGAAUAAUAUCAUAUAGUGUACCUAGUGCUAUUCACUUACCCCAAGGGGAGAUACAUCUGUAUGAUUCAUUUUUAACCAAAUCAGUUAUAUAAAAAUAUUUCUUGUAAAUAAAAUGAGUUACUAUGCGAAAGCUCUGUGCAUUUCUAUGAUUUGGGUACGACUUUGAUAUAUUUUUACCCAGCAGUAAACACUUAUAAGGUUAAUUUUGUCACCUUUUUAGCAUGUACAUGUAUUUUAUUUUACAGGUGCUUUAUUUACUGCUAAACCUCUAAAACUAGCAUGAAAUGACACCCCAAUUUUACUCUCAUCCUAUAGGUAGCCAAAAGCUUUUCAAGUUAUGAAAGCAAAUCUGCUAUCCACUGAUUUGGUUAAAUACUUGUAUUAUUAUUAUUAUUAUUAUUAUUAUUAUUAUUAUUAUUAUUAUAUCACUGUAAAUAAUAUGAUUUGGUGAAAUUCUUGUAUUAUUAUAUGACCAUAAAUAAUUUAUUACAUUUGUUUUUUUUAACUAAAAUCAAAUUAUUUGCUAAAAAUUUGAGCAAUUUUUUUCUGAUUCACAUGAUCAGCUGUUUUGCUUGCAGUAUUGGACUGAUUAAAUAUCCAAAUUAUCCAAACACAAUCUAUACACUAUGAAAGCUCUGUAGAACUUCUUUAAUUCAUCAUCAUUAUUAUUGUUAUUGGCAUGCAGGUGAUUAAAAUUUAAGCCAUGCUUAUCAAAAAACUGUUAUCACACACGGUAUUUUUUUUUGGCAUAAAACAUAACUGCACUCUUUUUUCAUAAAAUAUGCCAAGAACAAAAUAGGAUCAUGGCAUUUGGAGUCCAGUAAUUACUCUACUAUGGGGUGUAUUGGCUAGAUUUAGUCCUCGGAGUGGCACUUUUUAAGGCAGUGCUUAGGGUAGCCCUAGAAAUCUGUCACCACUGCGGAAAGUGGAUGCAGAUGUAUCUCCAAUUACAUAUGUUGGGUGAAUGGACACGAUGACUGAAAAUACAGCUGCAUUUACAGGCUACUAGAUGGAAGGUUUUUAAAAUUCAGUAAAGUUGCCAAGUUACAGAGUGAUUCGGUGCAAACUAACAAGGACAGCUCUGCAAAGAUGGCAAAUUUUGCAGACAUUUGUCUGGUAAGGGAAAGUUUGUGGCUCCACCAUACCAGACAAAGGUCAUUGAGAUUACGUGACUUUGUGUCAACACUUUAUUUCAAAUCGGACUAAUCACAAACAGCGUAAGAACCUAGCCAAUCACAAAACGCUGACAUACAUGCAUGUCUUUGUGACCCAGUGGGAUUCAAACAUGAUAUUGUGCACUAAUUCUCAGACGGCAUGCUCUAUACAGAAGGUUUAGAGUGUCUGCAACACAGGCAAGAUCUUCAUUGGAUUGUGACAAAUCACUUUGAGAUUUGGUAAUUUACCUAGUUUUAACGUGGCUCCAUCCCAUGGGUGUCAAAGGAUAUUCACUUACUACAUUGUAGGUCUUCAUCAAAACUCAGAAAAUUGUGCAAUUGUCUACUGAGUAAAUAUGGUUCUAGGAACUUAACUGAAAAGGAACUGAAUCAUGAUGCAUGUCAACUUCAACUUGAGUGUUAUUAUUAUUUUGUACAUUUUUAUCUAAAAUGUCUUCUUCUUUUCUGAAUGUUCUUCAAAAAAUUAUCUGUGUUAUGCUUAUGAUCAAGUUCCUUUUUCUAUUGUAAGUGGUGGGUGCCAGAGCAAACUCAGGAGCAUCGUCUGGUGCUCCUUGAUUUGAUGCUGGUCUCACUGUGUGCUCUAUUACCAUUAUUUUCACUUCAUUGACUUUGACACCAUGCAACUUUGCGGUCCAACUGGGCCAUUAAACCAUUAACCUCAAUGCUCUGCCAGGAAAGUGGCCUUACACAGAGAUUUUCCCUGUUUGGGAGGUCCUCAUCUGAACCUGAAGAAUUACCUUCAUGCCACUCUGAUACAGCUGUUUCAGACAAAGACUCCUCUGAUGACAUAUAUGCAACGGACAUACAUGCAAGGUACUUGUCCUUGUCUGACUAACUGAUGCUAGUUGACUCCCUCAGAGCAUAUUGGCCUUUUAAUUUUUUUUCUGAAAGAAAAAUGACGAACCAUGAUUUAGCAGCCAACAAGUAACCCACAGUUGGUAAACAAGCAUAUACUGCUCAUACUCAGUGUAAAUGAUUGGGUUGCAGAACAAUGACACGAUGCUAAAAGCUGAAAACACUCUCUUAAUCAAAGGAACAGUUUGAGGAUAUUUGUGAGAAAAAUUUCUCCCUGCAUUUUAUUCCUACUAACUUUUUCAUUAAAUAUAUAAUAUGUUUUUUGGAACAGGUGUUAAAGUAGAGAGCAGAAAUGCCUCUUUCUGUUGAAUCUGCAUUUGUUUCAUUAAGACUCUUUUAAGUGUAAAUAAAGACUGAAAUAAAUUAAUUCCCCUGUCAUUCAAGAGCAGAACUGAUAGUGUCCCACAGGUCACCAGGCUCUAACAGAGCACAACCAUGACUCAACUGUACACAUAAACCGUAAAACCGGUCAGAACCUGAGAAACGUAACAUUAAGGCAACCCACAUGUUGCUUAGAACAAUAAUUGAUUAAUUGUGGUUAUUUGGCAUGAUAAAGCCAAAGCAUUUACUAGCAAAAUGAACUAACAAAGAUCCCUCAACAUCAUUGAGCUGUACAAAAGGUAUAAAUAAUGAGGUAUUGUCGUUUAAAAUGUGGAACAGUAAUACAGUGGUCACUUGGAAUGACACUUGUGCUUCAGGAUCUGGCAAGUGCUGUCAUUCGCAAAAUGAGCCAAAAUUAAGAUCUCACAAUAUCACUGACCCAUAUUUAUAAAGCGUAAGAGUUUUGGAUGGUACAAUUUAUGAAAGAAGAAUCACUUGUCAUUUAAAUGUGGAACAAUAAUGUGGUGGUCACUCGGAAUGACACAUAGGCUUCAAGAUCUGGCAUACGCCGUCACUCGCAAAAUGAACCAAAAUUAAGAUCUCACAAUAUCACUGAACCAUAUGUGUAAACCAUAAGAGUUUUGGAUGGUACAAUUUAUGAAAGAAGAAUUACUUGUCAUUUAAAUGUGGAACAAAAUACGGUGGUCACUCAGAAUGACACAUAAGCUUCACUCGCAAAAAUAUAAUGAAAAAAAUGCCGUUACUCGCAAAAUGAACCAAAAUUAAGAUCUCACAAUAUCACUGAACCAUAUGUAUAAACCAAAAGAGUUUUGGAUGGUACAAUUUAUGAAAGAAGAAUCAAUUGUCAUUUAAAUGUGGAACAAUAAUACGGUGGUCACUCAGAAUGACACAUAGGCUUCAAGAUCUGGCAUAUGCCGUCACUCGCAAAAUGAGCCAAAAUUAUAAAGAUCUCACAAUAUCACUGAACCAUAUGUAUAAACCAUGAGAGUUUUGAAUGGUACAAUUUAUGAAAGAAGAAUCACUUGUCAUUUAAAUGUGGAACAAUAAUACGGUAGUCACUCAGAAUGACACAUAGGCUUCACUUGCAAAAUGAAAAAAAUGCCGUCAUUCGCAAAAUGAACCAAAAUUAAGAUCUCACAAUAUCACUGAACCAUAUGUAUAAACCAUAAGAGUUUUGGAUGGUACAAUUUAUGAAAGAAGAAUCACUUGUCAUUUAAAUGUGGAACAAUAAUACGGUGGUCACUCAGAAUGCCACAUUGGCUUCAAGAUCUGGCAUAUGCCGUCACUCGCAAAAUGAGCCAAAAUUAAGAUCUCACAAUAUCACUGACCCAUAUGUAUAAAGCAUAAGAGUUUUGGAUGGUACAAUUUAUGAAAGAAGAAUCACUUGUCAUUUAAAUGUGGAACAAUAAUAUGGUGGUCACUCAGAAGGACACAUAGGCUUCAAGAUCUGGCAUACGCCGUCACUCGCAAAAUGAACCAAAAUUAAGAUCUCACAAUAUCACUGAACCAUAUGUAUAAACCAUAAGAGUUUUGGAUGGUACAAUUUGUGAAAGAAAAAUCACUUGUCAUUUAAAUGUGGAACAAUAAUAUGGUGCUCACUCAGAAUGAUACAUAAGCUUCAAGAUCUGGCAUAUGCCGUCACUCGCAAAAUGAACCAAAAUUAAGAUCUCACAAUAUCACUAAACUAUAUGUAUAAACCAUAAGAGUUUUGGAUGGUACAAUUUAUGAAAGAAGAAUCACUUGUCAUUUAAAUGUGGAACAAUAAUAAGGUGGUCACUCAGAGGGACACAUAGGCUUCAAGAUCUGGCAAGUGCGGUCACUCACAAAAUGAAAAAAAAUUAAGAUCUCACAAUAUCACUGAACCAUAUGUAUAAACCAUAAGAGUUUUGGAUGGUACAAUUUAUGAAAUAAGAAUCAUUUGUCAUUUAAAUGUGGAACAAUAAUACAAUGGUAACUCAGAAUGACACAUAUGCUUCAAGAUCUGGCAAACUUGUGCCGUCACUUGCAAAAUGAACCAAAUUAAGAUUUCACAACAUCACUGAACCAUAAUUAUUUAUAGAUGUAAAACAAGAGUUUUUGACUGUAAAAAUUUCACAAGGGAAAUCAUUUGUCAUUUGAAAUGUAGUAGAAUAUUACAGUCAAACCAGGUCAAGCGUUCCCGUCGCUAACAAACUAAUGAAUUCAUUAAUGGAAAAAUGAUUUCGUUUGUUGAUUCAAUAAUCCAUUCAUAAAAUGAAUAAUCCAACAGUCAAAUUGGACCUCGAUUCAAUAAUCAAAUGUUGAUUUGGUUUAUGAACAAAAUCUACCUGUUCUUUAUUCUUGUCUGUUGUCUUCAAUCGUAUUUGCUUCCUUUUUCUUGCCGUUUACGAUUGCGUUUUUCAUUGCCUUUAAUCAAAAUAACAGCUAGAAUAGACAGACCGCAAACGCAAAGAAACUAUGAGAAACUGACAAAGGCCGAGGAUCGAAAUCCACCAAUCACCGCACAUACACUGACCUUAGUUUGACCGUUGUGUUUUCUAAGAGGUCAGGCCUGGGUCUGUUGCACUGAUUACUGGCAGCAAACUGGCGUACAUGUAACAGUUUGUUUGGGUUUGAACUUCAGAACUCGCCAGCACUCGACUCUCAGAAAAAAAAACACAGGUAGCCCAAGCUCACUAUGAGAGCCGUGAACAACGUUAUCCUACUUAGCUAAUUAAUUAUUCAUACAGCAAGAAAAUUAUAAGACGUUGUAUGGAGAAAUAUUCUUUGCUCACUAAAUUAGCAAAAUGUGCAUUGAAUAUCGCUUUAAACCUUUAACAAUUCUUGUUUUUCUGAUCUCAUCAGGGUGAAAACUGUCACCCCAAAAAGGCCUUUUUGGAGCCUAGGAGGUUUUCACAGUCAGAAUACAAAGAAAAACAAGAACACGCUAAAGGUAAGCUUCAAAGCGAUAUUCAAUGUACAUUUUGCUAAUUUAGUGAGCAAGGAAUAUUUCUCCAUACAACGUCUUAUAAUUUUCUUGCUGUAUGAAUAAUUAAUUAGCUAAGUAGGAUAAUGUUGUUCACGGCUCUCAUAGUGAGCUUGGGCUACCUGUGAAAAAAAGAGGAAAAAACAAAAUUCUGAGGUCAACUUGUAGAAAGUGUAGUUUUUCAAAAAACAGUAAUCGAAUCAACAUUCGAUUAUGGAAUCGAGGCUAAAUAUGAAUAUUGGAUUGUUCAUUUUAUGAAUGGAUUAUUGAAUCAACAAACGAAAUCAUUUUUCCGUGAAUGAAUUCAUUAGUUCGUUAGCGACGGGAACGCUUGACCUGGUUUGACUGUAAAUAAUAAAUUAUAGUGACCACUGCUUUGUCAAGUGCUGUCACCUGAAAAGUACAGUAACCCCAAAUAUCUAACAUAUUAACUCAGCUGUACAACAAGCCAAAUUUCUGAAUUAUGAACAUGCUAAGGUCACAUCACCGACUUAUAUUGGUGUAAAAGAAAUGUUUGCCUGCACAGCUCAAGAUCCGGCUACUUAUUAAGAUUAUUCUAUUAAUGAAGACGAUGCGCAACAAAGAGUACAGUUAUUUCUGCAGUAAACAAAAAGGAAUCAAUCAAUGGCAUAUCUGUGCAUGCAUCUUAAAUUUUAAGAUUUAUCUUUGAGGUUUUAAGCUUACGCAAAGUUAUUAGAAAACCAAAGUAAGUAAACGAACCACGAUAUCAAGAAGAACAUACCUUUCUGCAAUCCAGCUGAGUUGAUGACUUGGAAACAGGCUUUAUGUGAAGAAUAUCGCAACUGAUCACUGUCUCUCGAAGAUAACAAAGGUAUAAAUCGUAAUAGAACAGCUGAAUAGAAAGACAGGCUUUCUAUUAUCCGAAAAUAACAAAACUACUCGUUUUGCAACGCUGUAUUGCUUGUGAAAUCCGCGUGAAUUUGAACUGUUCAACGAAAGUUUAUUUUACACUAUUCUAUUGGUUCAAAAGCCGCACGUGACAAUGUAAAUCAAAUCGCGCAUGUGCCAAAGUCACAUGGAAGCCUGGGCAACAAACAUGGCGGCUAAUCUUGCGACGGAGUGCAUUCAGGACUACAUUCACCCGGACGAUGAAACUCUGCAAUCUACUAUUGAAAUGACUCCUGGGUUCAAACCUUUCACAUAUUGUGCAUUUUGUUCACCCAAAUUAUAAAUGGUAACGUUUUACGUCAGGGCCUCCUAUUCCGAGACUUCUUGUGAUAUUUUUUUUCCGAGCCACCGACACAAUAUCAGGAAACGCAUUCGACGCUAAACGAAAAAAAAGGGGGGAUGAAAUAACCAGCUGCAGCAAGUAAUAUUAUAAACUUUGAGAAGAAUGUGAUGGUGAUUGAAACGGAAAAUGCAAUGGAAAAUCAAAACUUGCGUGAAAUAACACUGUGAAGUUUGGUAAAUGUGCAAACGUUGGUUAAAGUGAUCGUAAAGAUAGUUCUUUGAUCAUAUUUUGCUUAAAUUUACGCCUCUAGUAACCAUAAAUUUACACAUUAACUUUGCUAUGCCAGAAAAUAUCAAGCAAACAUUCAGUUUUGACGUUCGAUUUUUACACACAGAACAAAAUGGUGGCAAAUUUGAAUCUAAACACCAAAUUUACUAUGGGGAGCAAAAGUGAAACAAAAUAUCUGUAAACUUGAUAUUUACUCCACAUUUACGCCACCCUUGCAGAAAAGUAAACUUUCACUUUCGAACAAAAUUUGCACCAAGAGCAAAUAAGUAGCAACAUUAGUACCCUAAAUUUACAAUAGAUUUGCUCAACUAGCAAACUUACGCAAAUCCGUUUUUUCGUCCAGUGCCACAGGCGGCCCAGACGUAGUAUGUGUCACUGAAUGAAUAUAUUAAUAUUCACAUGGACAAAUUAAUGCGAUGAGUCGUCGAAACUCCAAUGAACUAAAAUAGUCCAAAAAUUAAAAUAUAACAAAAUAAAGCAAAGAUACCUUUAACUGAACGUAUCCUUGUCUUUCCUGGCCGGUUUAAGUGGCAUUUUGUUGAGUUUUGCAAUUGUAGGUUACAAAACAAACAGACCAUCUCCACGCGCCUUCACACGAAGCGCUAUAAAUUCGAGAAUAAUCGACGAAUCCGCUCCAAAUAACCAUCGGCUAAUCUGCAGGUAACGUGUGCUCCUGCCUCUGGCUCGCUUGCUCCACAAAACCCAUCGCAACUGCACAAUAAUUGCUCGCUCAUCAACAACCACUGUUGACCUUUACGCUUCGAUAUGACCGCAAACGACCAGGUAUAAUACGCGACGUGAAUAUUCAAGCUUAGCGACCGCGUCCGCACGACGAUGCAACACUUGCAAUGGGAGGGAUGGUACAAUUGCUUCUAGGUCAAUCAAUCGGGAAAAUAAUAUUGAAGCCCUUAUAAUUUUUAAAAAGAUCCAAUUUGCCCUAGAAGCACAUUUACGGACAGCCGUAAAUGUGUUUUCAAUGCAUUUAGGGGGAAAUCAUCGUUGGGUGCCCCUGAGUUUUGAGAAUAACUAUAAUAAUAAUAAUAAUAAUAAUAAUAAUAAUAAUAAUAAUAAUAAUAAUAAUAAUAAUAAAAGAUAUCGCGCCCAUAAAUUUUACUUUACGAUAUCUUCAGCUGUAUCUUCUAUUCAGCUGCAUAGCGGGGGCCAGAUUUUGCCUUUUUCCUGGGCGGAAAAUUCUCGUCCUCCUUCACCAGUUUGGACAACAUAUCAUGGAGUUGAUCUAAGCAAAUAAGUCUGGUAGAGUCAAGAACCUAUGCAAGCGGCUGGACGAACAAUGUGACAGCAUCUGAGACAGCGAACGUUAGAAGAAUUCGAACUUGAAAACCAGGGCUGCCCUGUUGAAAACUUACGGACGGUCCCGCGAUCGCCUUUUGUUUUCUGGUCAAAACUAACGCAGCGGACCCUCGCUCAGUGUUGAUUGACCUAGAACAAUUGUACCAUCCCUCCCAUUGCAAGUGUUGCAUCGUCGUGCGGACGCGGUCGCUAAGCUUGAAUAUUCACGUCGCGUAUUAUACCUGGUCGUUUGCGGUCAUAUCGAAGCGUAAAGGUCAACAGUGGUUGUUGAUGAGCGAGCAAUUAUUGUGCAGUUGCGAUGGGUUUUGUGGAGCAAGCGAGCCAGAGGCAGGAGCACACGUUACCUGCAGAUUAGCCGAUGGUUAUUUGGAGCGGAUUCGUCGAUUAUUCUCGAAUUUAUAGCGCUUCGUGUGAAGGCGCGUGGAGAUGGUCUGUUUGUUUUGUAGCCAGCCUUUAAUUCUUCUAUGGUGGAUAGUACCUACAAUUGCAAAACUCAACAAAAUGCCACUUAAACCGGCCAGGAAAGACAAGGAUACGUUCAGUUAAAGGUAUUUUGCUUUAUUUUGUUAUAUUUUAAUUUUUGGACUAUUUUAGUUCAUUGGAGUUUCGACGACUCAUCGCAUUAAUUUGUCCAUGUGAAUAUUAAUAUAUUCAUUCAGUGACACAUACUACGUCUGGGCCGCCUGUGAUUUUCCCAACCCCUCUCGUGUUUAUAUCAGGCUAUGCAAACACGGAAAACAAUUUCUAUUGCUUAAAUGUAAGGAUACGAUGGUGCAAUUUAAGCCUCGAUUGCUAAUCUCAUCUCCCGCAGGGCUGCACUAUACUUCUCGACGAUAAGACCAUGGCGACUGAAGAAAUUAUUAAAUGAUUUCUGAAGUAGAUUGUUUUCAAAGCCUUGCUGUUUGAGACGUAAUGAAAGUCCACGGAGUCUAUUUAUGAAGUCAACUUUGGACGUUCAAAUUCUAGCAUAUCUCACCAGUUGAGAUAUAUAAACACCGUAAGCUGGAUUGGCGGGAAUGUUGCUGUCCAUAUGAGGAAGUUGACUAUCCGAAAUGCAAAGUCCUCCCUCUUGUCGUAGAUGCUGAUACGGAAAGGUGUCUAUCGCCAGUCUUGAUAUUAGUGUCAAGAUAACACACUUCAGUAGAUGAUGUGGAAGUGUCCUUAAGUUCCACGACGGGUAAAUUGCGCUCAUGUAAUUUCCAAAGUCCACAUUGUUAACACUGAAUAAAUCGUCGAUGUACCGAAAGGUGUUGCUGAAUUGGAUGGCUCUUGUAAUAUCCUGUUUCAUUGUUUGAAUAUAUUACUGGCUUCUCCGAAUGUUGACGGUGUUUUCCCUCAUUUUUCUCUUAGCAGUAUGUGAUCCUAGCUCUUACGACAAUACUAAACAAUCAAUUCGGUCGGAGUUUUGGUUCCGACGCGUUCCAUUUUCCGUUAGUUAGUCCGAGUGGUCUCUGACCGGUUGGAAAGGUAUAAUGGAAAGCACCCGAGAUGAACAAUAGACCUAUUCGGCCAACUCAAUGUUGUACCCAAUUCAAAUCUCCCGGGGUUAAGAUUCUUUGUGUAUUGUAUUUGCAAUAUAAUGUAGCAUUCACAUUUAAAUGAUAUGGAAAUUCCUGAAACAAAACGGUUUAUUCCCAAAGGGUUUGAAUUGGGUACAACACUGAAGCCCCGUGCAAACGGAUUCAACAUUGUUGGCCAACAACUCCCAACAUUGUUGGAUAUUACAUGUUGCGUCCGUUUGCACACCCUGUUUCAUGUUGUUGGAUGUUGUUGUGUGUUGUUGCGCAAAGUUUGAAACCGGUCAAACUUUUCAGCCAACAACUCCCAGCAUUUCUUUUGUUCCAUGAUCGCCGAAGGGUAGCGCAACAAUGUUGGAUCCGUUUGCACAGCUCUUCCAACAUUGGGGCCACGCACGCUCAUUACGUAUGGUUUACAAAGACUUAUGGGCUGUAUCCUUCCUACGAUGCACUGGAGGUCCCAAAAUUGUUGGGAGUUGUUGCAUCCGUUUGCAGACCACUGCCAACACACACGCAACAACUCCCAACAUUAUUGCGCCAAUAAUGUUGGGAGUUGUUGCGUCCGUUUGAACGAAACCUGAGUUAGCCGAAUUAGGUCUAUUUUUCUGAUGCAUUCAGCUGAAUUCCGAUUGGCUGAAUUGUUACGUUGCUAAGGAAAUUUCAUGCUUAAUUCCGUGUAGGUUACGUAAACACAAAUCACAGGCAUUUCUACGAAACGAAAGCAGUCUGUUCUCUGGAUAAAGGAUAAGCAAACGAUUAUUUCGCGUUUGGAGAAAGAGAAAAAGGAAAAAAUUUAGCACUCGAGUUUAAAAUCAGCAAGCAGCAGAUCUCAGAUAUACGCAAAAACAAAGAGAAGUUCGUGAAAUUCACCGACAGCGUCGAGACGAGCGAAGGAUUGAAACGAAAGUCCCUGACGGCUGCAAAUGAUGAGCAGCUGGAGAAAGCAAUAUUGACCCUAUCCAAAUAAUGCAGCUUCGACGAAUGAUGGACUUUGAAGUAUGCGAUCACGUUGUAGUUCGUUAAAACAAACUAGUAUGCUUGAACAUUUUAGAGUGCUGUAAAUGCACGAACACUUGAAACAGUGCCUUUUUUUAUUUGUAAAUAACAAAAAUGCAAGUGGAGCUAAUUCACAGUGAAGUUUUUUUUCUUUAUUCCCUAUUUUUACAUUGUUGUCUCAUUAAUAUUCAUAUUUUCGAUUAUCCGGACUCUCGAUUUUCCGGACUGUUUACUCAACUCCCAACGAUUCCGGAUAAUCGAGGUUUUUAGCUUUACUUUGAAUGUGGCAUAUUUUUCUCCCAUACAAAUACCAAGAAAAUGGCUUCCACUGCUCGAUCUCAAAUUAUACUUUGAAGGGCGAAUCGCUCAAGCACGAUUCCAAUAGGACUUCCGAAGCAUUUCAUCUGCAACACACGUUCCGGGUUUGAUUGAUGUACUGAUAGCUUUCCACUCAACACCACUUCGCUGUAUUAGUCUUGAGCUCCGUUCGUGGGCGAGCGCAUUUUUCAGAAUCGCGGCGUUUGAACGUUUCCUUCCUCCCCUCCCUUCCCCUUCCAUCCUUCUUUGUCGCUUUUGUUCCUGCAGCUUUCACGUCGAACUCGCCCGCAAUGCUUCUAUGCUACGCAGGUUAAUUAGCAAUCAUUGAAUGAAGCUGAGUAGGAUAUGAUUAGAAGACUUAAGUAGAUCGAGGCUGAAGGCUGAGAUCUGUAUAAUUCUUCAAUAAUUGUUUUAUGCUUCAUUCAAAAUAUUUUUAAGGCUUGGUUCAGACGCCGUACCUUUCAUGUGCCGAACCUAAUUGAAUAAGUUCGACUUUGGAGCGACAUUGUUAAGUGCUGAUGUACUUAAUUGAUUAUGUUGUACCAGACAUUACACUAAUGUAGUUUUCGUGGCACAAUAUACGCAAAUGUAAGGUUACAGUGAUAGUCUUUCGUAAGCACUGAAUAAAUGUAGUUCUUGGACGACAUUUUCGAGUACUAUAAGUUCUGUUUGCAAAUUUAGUACCUGUACGAAUUGUCCCAGAAUAUUUGACCACUAAAUUGAUUGCUAGAUAAAUAUGGCCGAGACAAUAAUAUGCUUCUUUACAAUCCUAAUAAAUUGCUUUCCUAAGAAAUCACCUUCAAUUCUUUUACGUGUAGAGCCACACUUGAAUUUCAGUGUUGUUAUUUUUAAACUGCUACUGAAGGACUACAUACAAAGACAGUAAGUUUUGUGUCGGGCAGUGACAAACAUGCAAAAAUAAAAUGGGCUACUUGAAAUUUUGAGAUGCCUACUUUUUCUUUAUAAUAAUGAACCUUAAUGUUUUGUACACACCUUUUAAAAUUGUAUUGGAGGUUGUCAAAGUGAAUUUAAAUGCAUGAAAAGAUCUGUAAUGUGUAGAUUAAGGGUCUCCACCACAUUUAAGGGUCGCAGUUGUCUGUGACCGUCAAAAUUUAUUUUUAGAGUUACAUGCAUGGGGCGUGGUUCCACACGAGUGGUUAUGGGUGGCGGAGAUGUGAAUGGGUUACAAAAACAUAUAAACAUUAUUUUGUAAGAAGCUUAUAAUAAAGGCUUGAUCUCACACCAGAUGCUCCUGAUGUACCCAAGAAAGUUUCUGUCACUGAAAAGCAGCCUGUUGCAAAAACACAUGCUUUAGUCUCUGGAUUCUCAGAAGAGCUAUGUCCAGUUGAUGAAGGGACUAGAUACUCAUAGCGUGUCGGGCUCACUUCUGACCAACGCCUGGGACCAUGACUCACCAUUUGGCGAGAACACAUGAACAAAAAAAAAAAAAGAAACGCCUGCGUUUUUAGAGUCUCGCAGCUAAAGCAAGCUCGACUAAAAAGUGAACAGUAACAAAAAUGAGAUCGCUUCCAAGUUUUGCCCUUAAGUCUUGAUAAAAAUAUUCGCGAAUACCUAUCUGAACGUUAUGCUCUGAUAACAGCAAAACGUUCCUAUUUCUUCAGGUACAUUGUUUUCAGCGGGAUGUUCUGUGGAGGCUAUUUUGAGACUGUCAUAGACGUUCAUAGUCCUUAUUUACAGCACUUCACAUAUUUGAUUGUAGUUUUAUACACAUAAUCCCCGCAAUAGCAUGUUUUCUCCAUUUUGUUGCAACAGAAGAUUCUCUAAUGGUCCGGAGCUCCUUGGAGGACAUGACUGAGGACCAUGAAGGUAUCUUCGUAGAAAGCAUGCGUAGAAAUCAUUUCCGUCUAUUCUUAACCAAGUGUCGGUGAGGAGAAGCACGGGAGGCGCACGAUAGGGAAAAAUACUGACGGGGAGAGAAAUAAAACGCCGCCCGCUGAGCUUCUAUCCUAGGAAUACGCAACCUGAUAUAUGCCCAACAAAUGUCCGCCCCCGGGAGGAAUGGUCACGCCUAAAAUUGACUGAACCUUAAGUUUCAAAGAGAUAAUUAUUGUAACUAAAGCUUUUUUUUUCAGAGCCUUGUAUAGAAAUUGACAACAACCAAAGAACAAACUCUUACUACGACGAGCAGCUUGUUUCAGAAACGUCCCUUAGUAGUGACUGUGAAAUGAAAGCUGAUGCUGCAUCAGGAAAUCCAACUAGAAUAUCCACGAAUACAGACUCUCUGUCGCAAAAUAGCCGUAAGCGUAAAAUGUCAGAAUUCCCUUGUAAUCCAGGUAUGCAAAAACGUGAGUUGUUUUUCUUGCUAUUGCUCAAUAGUACACUACUAUACUGUAUCUAAAUGGGGGAAGUGAUUGUUAGAUUAUCCACAGGUACGUUUUCCUACAGGACUUGUUACCGUUUACACUCGUACUGUAGAAGUGUAUUAUUGAUGAUACUAAAACGUAUGUCACCCCGAUAUCAAUAGUCGCUUGAUAGUCGCCAUUUUUAUCAGCGGUUAUAAGAAAAAACAUUUUGAAUAAAUAAUAAAUACUUGUAAAUAGAUAAAUAUAUAAAAAAUUAAAAUAUAUCGACACUAGAAUUAUAAACAUUAGUUUGGUUACUUAAACUGUGGAUACUGCAUAAAAACUACUGAAAACUAGUAAUAAAAUUACAUCUUAUUGCAUACAUUGUAAGAGUUUUUCUGGAAUGAAAAUGUCUUGAGUGCCUUCUUAAAAAUGACAACUGGGGGGCUUCUCCAUAUCGCAAAAAGAAAUAAAUCCCAAACUUUGGGUGCAGCAAAGGCAAAAGAGCGAUCUCCUAACGUGGUUUAAGUCCUGAAUUCUCAACUAUGCCUUUAAAAAUAUGUUAGUGAGAAAUGUAUAUGCGAACAGGUUUUCCAAUUUUGCUAAUAUUACCUUUCAUCGAAUUGCUAUAAACGUUGACGUUCUAUUCACAGUCAAGUAUACAGCUAUUAUUGUGAAUCUGUGCGAACGCCCCAACCAAGUUGCCUUGUGGGGGCUUGGAUGAAGUUUUUAAACCUCUUUGGUUAUGGUUGAUGCGCCUGAGUAGACAUUCAGUAAUGAUGAGUACCUUGACUGGAGCCGUCUCUUAAAAUCAGGUACUUCAAGUGAAGAGAGCAGAAUAUUUUUUUAGAAGCAUAUGCCCUCCAAGAUAGCUAGUCAUGAAAGCGUAUCUUUCCUGAGGAAGGUACCUCUCACAUAACAGUAAAAAUUAUAUUAACCACGUAAAUUUGUGCAAUUAGGUAAAUAAGUGUUAAGUUAUUGUGCAUACUGAAUGUUUUGUUAUAGUUUAAAAACGUUUAACUUUCCUGCUAUUCAUUUUCAGACUCUGUUCUUACUACUGCCUUUAUCGAAGUUAAAGUUUCUUCAAUUGCCCAAGAUUUAACUGUUGAACAGCAAACGACGAUAACUAAAGAAUUAGAGCAGUUGGCUUAUAAGUACCGACGACACCAAGAUCUUUCGUCAUUGCCAUUUGUUAGUAGAGUAGCCCGCCUUGCUGAGUUUAUAGAAAAGGCUUUUGAAGUGGCCGUACUGUUUGUGCAACCAGGAUCUUUGAUAAUAACAGUACAGUGCCCCAGUCUAGAGAGUCUUGAAAGUCUGUGGAAUGGUUACUGUUCUGGUUACCUUAAUGACGUUGUUGAGAGUUUCCUGGUGACUGAUGAACUCAAGAGAAAGCUGGGGUUGGACAAGGUCAGGUUGAAGACAACUAUAGAAGAAGAAAACUACUUAAUUUGUAAGAAAGCUUUCAUGGAAAACUCAGGUGAGUUGGGAAUUCUCAGUAGGGCUUUUUUGGGAACAUGUAUUUUGGCUUAAUAAGUUUUAUGGAACCAUUUUAUUUCUGUACUCCUUAAGCAACUACGACGACAACGACAACGCAAAAAAAAAAAAACAAUUGGUUUUAUGAACAAAACGACAAUCACGAUUUUUAGUACAUUUCUUUGACGUCCACUGAACGACUACGACGUGAAACCUCCCAAUGUGACGUUUUAUAGAGGACGAUUUUCCUUUCUCUACUUGAACAUGGAUAUUCAACUCCACGAGAAAUCGCCUACCUUUGACGAGUUAAGCUGUUCCAAAUAGACGCGAUAGAGUUUGAAAGGAUGCAAAUUCAUCUCUUUAGUCAUGUUUUCACUGCCGUCGUCGUCGAAGUUGCUUAAGGUCCCUAUUUUUGGGGGUUGGACUUGCGAACCGCGUCACGCAGUCACGCAGUCCAUCACAAGCACCACAUUAAGGCUUAACUGCAUCACGCAGUCACAUCAAUUGAUGGUUUUCACAGUGACGUCAUCAGAUUGCAAAGUCAAAAAUGCGAGGUUUUACGAAUUCUUAUUUACACUAGGUUGAAGAUAAAUGGAAAAUAAAUCUUUGUACAAGUUUCCAGCCCCGAAGCAUGUUUCAUUUCGAAAGUACAGCAAUUUGAACUUCCGAGUUUUCACAGUGCGUGACACCAAAAUAGGAAUGCUGUCUCAUUGAAAAAAGUCUCUCCUCUUCAUUUUCAGCUAGUUUAACCAUUUCAAGUAUUAAAAGAUGUGUUUAUGCGCACGUUUGCCAGCUCUAGAAUGAAAGGAAGAGCUUUUGUAGAAAAAGUGAACUCUAGAUGUUUUUGUUGAUUUCCGGCGGCCAUAUUGGUGGACAGUUUCUGUUCACCAAUAUGGCGUUUCCAUACAAAGUUCUACAAAGGUGCGUGAAAUGUUUCGACAAAUAACUCAGAAACUGGGCUACAAAGGCAUGAGAUUUGGACAAAUUGUUUAUAUAUUAGUCUUUUACAACAUUUCAUUUUGUUGACUUCUUCCACUGGACGGUUUCGAAUUUUUUUUUCCUUGUUUAUUGCGUGACAGUGAAAACGAAGAAUAGCAAGAAAUGUCUCGCUAAUGAAGCAACCAACCAGCCUAUGUCACUGAUAUUAGUAUUAUAAAGGAAAUAAUGGGAGAUGGGAGAACAUAAUGGGAGAUCUCCCAUUAUUUCCUUUGUAAUAAACAAAAUCUUCCAACAUUGAGUGAGUAUAUUAAUAUGCCUGAUGCCAUAUAUGAGUGCCAUUUGAAAAACACUAAAGCAUUCCCCAAGGGUUCACACUUAAAACAAGUUUUACAGGCCGUUGUAACUGGUAUUUUGUUGUUGGUGACACUAUUGUUUUUAUCACUAGGAGUAGCAAGUAUCACUGAAACUUCACGUCAAACAGUUGAUUCAGGUCAGGUAGAGGAUACAAGGUGGAGUGAAGAAAGCUCAGAUGUUGUAAAAGUAAAUGUAUUUCUUUUAGUUGUUGAGUAGAUUGUUUUGCUAAUCCGCAGCAGGAUUAGCUCAGUCGGUGGAGAAAUGAAGGUACUGCCUUUUCCCGCAAAUUGCUGUACCUCGGAUGACCAUGUAAAAUGGCGGUCCCGUCUCCAUUAAGAGACAAAAAUAGUGUCCCCAAUUAAUACUUUCGUGCCAAAUGCAUUGACAUUCAUAUGAAGCGCAAAUUGUUAUCAUAUUUGAUCAUUAGAACCUUUAUAAGCCACUCCUUUUGAAUUUCACACCACUUGACGCGACCAGUUUACUCAUGGCUGCCUUUUUCGUUUUAUCAUAUAUGAGGUUUAUAGGUACAUGUAUACCUACGUUUAAUUUGUUCUUGUACGUUUGUUAAUUUUUGCUCAGCAUAUCUUGUUAGCGCUUAUGAUGUGUCUAAAAUGUGGCUCUUCUUAGUUCUUCGUAUCCUAUGUUCUGCAUAUACACCCAAUCGCAAAAACGUUGUCAUAGCAAAAUGAAAACAUAGGCACGUUGAACGUGCAUGAGCUAUUUUGAAUGCUUCAGUGUAACUUUAAUGCUUCAGUGUAACCUUACCAAGAGUGAUGAAUCUACGUUUUUCGUCCUAAAUGUAUACUGGGUUUUUGUGCGAAAUUGAGCAUUGCCGUAAAUAAAUGAAAACGCGAAACGCUCAGCUGCGUCGAUCCUCAUGCUACUUUCCUCUGUCUUUCCCUGUUACAUUUGGUGCAAUUUAAACAAAUUGUUAAAGUAAAAUAUAUGUCUACUCACCAAACGUUGAUUAGAGGGAAAACUCUAAGGUUUCCUCGGAGUUUCUUACGCCAAAAUGUAACUCAUCGAAUUCGAGUAGUUACGAAAUACCAGGAUUUUUAUCAUUGUGGUCAUAGUUAUUAGAGGAGACUGGUUAUGAAAAGCGGCAAACAUCAAUGAUAAAAACAACAGUGCUGCAGUUUAUGUUCAAAGCACCGUGAAAGUGCACAAUCCUUUGUUUUCUGUUGGCAAAUUGUUACGGAAUAAAUUAAUGCAACGUUUUUAUUGGUCAAUACAAUCAAAAUGAUAGGAAUUCUUUUGAACGUUGUGCACUUUCAGGUCCACAAAAACAUAUAACAAAGGAGUCUGACGCGUUUCAUAACCAUUCCACUCAAUUAACUAUGUUGUGGUAUAUGGUUGCAUCAUCACAAUUCACGAGGUUUUCACGUGCGAUUCUACUCAGUGAAACAGUGUCUAACUCUGACAACUUAUUUCUUCAUGUUUUAAAAGCUAUUGCUUCUUAACACAAGAGCCUUUUUUAAGGCAUUGGUUACAAAACAAAACAGGUCUUCAUACGUUCAAGUUACUAUUACUAUUGUGAAAAGCCAAUCUGCAUGAGAUGCACAGUCACACAACUGGCACGUGAAAGUGUUGGACUUUGCCCUCUUUUGUGGUUCGUACGUGAGGGAAUUCGAGUUAUCACAGAGUAAUCGAGUAAACAGAAUUAUAAAAAUAACUCAUGCACACAAUUUGCACGUGAAGAUGUUGGUCUUUGACCCUUUUACAAUUCGUACUUAAAAAAAACGCAAAUUGUUUACUACAAAAUUUUCUCAAACGAUUUUAAGAAAUCACCUCGGCUUCAUUACAACAGCUGCAAUUAAAUUAUGUUUCCUGCAACGUCAAGGUUGAUAGCCUAACAAUUAUAAACUUCCAAGAAAAUUAUCAAACUGCCGAAAUAUAUUUCUGCUCAUAUCAUGUUACUCCACUCAAUAAAGCAGUACCUAAUUAUUGUGUCAACUAGCUUCUUCCAAUUUUAUUCCCUAACGCUACUGUUUCUACUUAAGUUUAUACGCAUCUUUCCUAAAUAAAAUACGUUUCAAUAACUAUAAUGCUUAGUAUGCAGGAAGGAUGUAUCAUGUUGUUCACUUAUUAUUCCUUUUUGUUGUUGUUUUGCCGGAACGAAAAAGGUCUGUUGAACUUUGUAAGCGAGAGAAUAAUAUUUCUACAGCUUGUUUACAGGAUUAACAAUACUCGGUACAGCUUUAAAAAAAAUAAGCUGCUUUUCAAACUUCUAAUACCACAUUUUAUAGGCCGCAUACUUUCGAAUUAAAGUCCAUAUCUAAAUAUCAAUUAUUGCUUCACUGGAAGAGCUUUGAAAAUAUAUGAUCGUUUAUACUCUACCUUGAAGCAGGUGAAACACAACUCAUAAAUACGUGCGUGGUACCGUUCGCGAUAGCCGAAUUCGGUCAGAAAUGUCUUGAAGUAGCAUCCACACUAAAAUAUGAACCCUUAAACAGCUGCAUCACUGUACACAGCGUUUGAAUCAUGAAGAUAUUGAAUAUAAUGUUUCCAAACACCUGUAGCCGUAAUAAAAGACGAACAAAUUGUAAAGAAUCAAGAUGGCGGUCUUAAAGUGCCCUUGUUCGACCUUUAGCAAUGUCAUUUUUAAGUAGAUGCCAAGAUCUCAUUGGUUCCUUAGCAUCAACUCAUAGUACCUUCAACCUUAUUGGCUCUUGCAACAAACAUCCGAACAUACAAAGUUACAAAGAUACAAAGCCACAAAGAUACAUACGCUCACACCACUGACAUAUGAGCUAUUUUUUCAAAAUAGCUCAAAAAGGAAAGCCAAAUAGCAAUUAGUUAGGCUAAUAAGCCUGACGAAUUGUUUUGCAGCACCCGCACAUGGACGCCGUAUUUACCUGUUGGAAUUUGCUAUUGUUUUGAAGCUGAAAAACGAUGAAAAAAUUCCAGCAGGGAAAUGCAGCGGCUGCAAAUGAAUCCACGCUGAGAAUGAGGACUAAUUAGCCUGAUUAAUUCCUAUUUGGCUUUUUCCUUUUUUAAUUUUUUUUUAGAGAACGUUAUUGCAAUUAGGUGUAUCCCUUAUAUUUUUGGUGCUUUUACUGUUACUCUUAUCAGUAUAAUAAACUGGAUUGCUGGCGGCUCCCUCCAUUCAUCAUUGUGCUGUUUUGUCUCUUAAUACUUAUAACAGAGAUAUUUUCUAUUCGGCUGAGCGUAGCGAUAGAGAAUACAAGUAUAUUUUCUUUGGGGAGUGGUGAAACUGGCGAUAUAAUCAAGCAGUAUGUAACAAGGCAACCAAUUGUAGAUCAAAAAAUUUUUAUCAAGGAAUUAUAUAUAGGGUUUGGACCUUGUAUAUCACAAUAGUAACCUGAAGAUACUACUUAAAACGAAAGUGGUGAAUAGGGAGAGUUACUAAUUAGCUGUUAAUUAGGUGCAAGUAUAACAAACAAAUACCAGUAGUGACACAAUAAAUUAAUUUGUAUUUACUCGGACUGAUCUAUUGUCAUCCCAGGACAAGAAGCAGGCCCUGACACCUAUGGCCAGAGCUGAGAAGGCUAAAGUAAGUUCAGCGGGAACUUCAUCAUAAUGUAAUAAUAUUGGAGUGUGCGCGCGCGUUGUGUAUUCAAACAAAGCAAAACAAAUAUGAAAAAAACGUCACUCGGUGGAAGGAUUAAAGUGCCGUGGUUGUUGAUUAUUUGUGAAUGCGUAGGAAUAGGAAGAAAUGAUAUUUUUUCAGGAUACUCUGUACUCAGCCGUAAGAUACCCUACUAUAGACUGCGAGCAGUCUCUCUUUUCUUCAGAUUUAGUGAGAGCAAUGGACGCGCGCGGGAGCGGCGAAGCCGCGAGACGCGCGAAACGAGGGCGGCACGCGCGUGGCCAUUUGCGUGUCUCGCGUUUUGCUCGAUGGACUACAGAAAAAGAGAGACUGCUCGUAGUCUACUAAGAAAAAAAGGAAACAUUCAGCAAAACACGCUCGGUUUUCCUGUUUAUUGUCCAUUUUUAAUCGAACAUAUGCCAACUUAAGUCGUCCAGCCUAAUCACAGUUUGAUUGGGACUGGGGUCGAUUACUAAAUUUUUUUGUGAGAGUUUGAUUGAUUAAAGUAUCAUUGUUUUCUAAAACCAUAAGACAUCUUUGAAAAGGAAGGGUCGCUAGGUGGCUUUUAAUUAGUUGUAACUGUACGGUUGUAAACAAAGACGGGUUUCAUGAAAGUAGUUGCAUCUUCCCAAAUAACUUUCAAGAAGAGCCAUAACCCAUUAUAGCUCUUGCUUUCAACAAUUGCUGAGUUAUGUUUUGUAUGAUCAGCUUUAUGUAAGGUGUGUGAAUACACGAAGAUCCUGGAUGCCAUUUUUUGUCUGUAGAAGUGCUUCUUUUUAAAAUAUUGCAGAUCUGUUUGUGAAUAUAGUUUUUAAUCAUCCUAGGACAAGAAGCAGGUCCUGACCCAUAUGGAGAGAGCUGAGAAGGCAAAAGUAAGUUCAGUGAGAUAGGUAUUGUAGUGUGCGCUCGUUGUGCAUUUCACUUGAUGCAGGGUUGGAAAAUGCCAAAUUGGUAACUGCGUUUGAUUAAUGUGCAAGUCGUUACCACUUCGGAAAUUUUUGAGAGCCAGGAGUUUAUUUUGAGCUGCAGUGUCCCGAACCCGUAUACAGUAGGACGCCCUGGGGGACUUUAGCUCAGGUCUGAGUUAUUCAAGUUCAAGUUCAAGUUCAUUUAUUCACACUUAUUCAAUUACAAUACAACAACAAUAAGGAAAAAAAAACAAGAAGUAAAAACAGAGCUAACUAUACAUUGAAUUAAACAUAACAAAGGAAAAGAGUGUGUAGCAGCCAAAGGAGCCAAGCUUUCGAGUUGGCUACUGCCACAGAGCGGUUACGAGUGGGUGGAGGUUAUACAGUACUUAUAAAAAACUAUUUAAAUUAGAUAAUUAAAUAAUUAAAUAAAUAGAGCUCAAUAACAGAUUAGAGUUGUUCAAGAUGCCUGACUGUCAAGUAGAAAGAGUUCAUAUUCUUUUUUAAAACUAUUCGAGGGGAGACACUUAAUUUUCAUAGGUGUUGCUUCCCAGGUCUGUGAUGCCACUACACUGAACCUUGCUAGGCCAUAAUUAGUUCUGGAAAACGGUCUACACAGGUUUUGAUUAGUGGCGUACCUAGUAUUAUAAUUAUGGACAGCUGAAGCCGGUUGAACUAAGUCAUAGAGGGCAGGAGGUGUAUCUUUUUUUUGAUAUUGAAUUUUAUGCACAAGAGCGCCAAUUUUUAAUUUAAAGAUAUUCUCUAACUUUAAGAUUUCUAAUAGUGCAAAGUACGGUGUGGGACUUUCUCUUUUGUUUACAGAGAAGAUGCAACGAAUAAAGUUAUUUUGACUUACUUUGAUUUUAUUUAACUUAGUUUGGUAUGCGUAACCCCAGCUCAUUAAUCCAUUCGUUAGAUACGGAUAUAUGAGAGUAUGGUACAGUUGUUUGAGUGUACUUAUAGGCACAUAAUGUCCAAGCUUAGAUAAAAUUCCAAUGUUUUUGUUAUUUUGUUGUUAAUGUGCUGGAGCUGAGCAUCCCAUUUUAGAUGUUCAUCAAUGAAGACACCCAAAUAUUUAAUCUGGGACUUUUGCUCUCUAUUACAAGCUCUUAUUGUGACAUUUGUUUUCUUCUUAGGUGAAGUAAUUAUCAUGUAAUUAGUCUUCUUGAAGUUAAUGGACAGCAUAUUUGCUGCACAGAAUUUUAAGACCUUUCCAAGUUCUUCAUUGACAACUGAUUGUAACUGUUCUGGGUCUUUUGAAGAAUAAAACAUAUUUGUAUCAUCUGCAAAAAUCCUAAAAGUGAAUUUCUUCGAAGACCUGGGCAAAUCGUUAAUAUACAAUAGAAACAGCAGGGACCUAGUGUGGAGCCUUGAGGUACACCACAUGUGAUGGUUUUCAGGCUAGAUUCUGUAUUACCAACUUUGACAUAUUGCUUACGAUUAGUUAUAUAGCUUGAAAACCAUGCAUGGGGGAGUCCUCGGAUGAGUUAUUAUCUUCAGUAUUCAUACACAUACAGAUAAUAUUGCGAAUGGACAGACAUUUACUAGUGAAUCCCGUUAAGGUUGUUAUGACAUAACAAAUAACCGAGUUGGAGACUUGUAGACUGUUGGAAUUGGCUGUUAUCAACUGGCGUGAUUUUAAGUGAUCCUUUCAGAAUUACUGUCUCGUUUCUCGAUAUCUUUUUAAUCAGGCGUCGAGAGGCACUCUACAUAAGGCUGCUAUCAGUGGAGAAUACGAGAUGGUCAAAAGACUUGUUGAGUGUGGCGAAGAUGUGGAUCAAAGAGAUCAGGUUUUAGUCUUCUCCAGUUUAUGUAAUUUUUGUGCGAAGCCGUAA